AUGCGUCUGUGUGACAGGCGUAUGGAGCCAGGCCACCUCAGGGAUAUCACCCAGAGACGGGCAGGUGUGGAAAGCGUGAAAUGAUGAGUUGAGCUUUGCUUUGGUUCCCAAUGCUUACAUAGAACGUGGCCAAGUAGAUAAGAAGAUGAAUCCCUCCAACCUAGGUCCUAAAAAUCUACUUAGGCUAACAGCUGGUAUUUUCUCUAUAACAAGAUGUUAUCUUAACUUAAAAUAGAAUGCCUAUUUCCUAGUGAAAUGUGCUUUCAGUGUUAGUUGGGCACUGGAAAGAUGAUGUUGUUACAAUUGCUUACUUAUGACAUAAUGCAUCAAUUUUGUUAUAUUUUGAAGAUGAUACAUUACAUACUGCUGGUCUUUUUGGACUGACUUGAGAUACACAGAAAUCAAGCAUUUAGAGUAUAUGUAAGGAAAUACGGCCACCAAGGGAGUGAUAGUAUAAACCUACAAUGGCUGUAUGGAUAAAACACUUCCUAUGAUUUACUUAAAGGCCUACCUGAGUUGUAAAAUGUGGUACUUCUAUCACCAAAGGCAGAAUUCCUUGCAAUAUUCUCCUACUGGCCAUUACUUAAAAAGACUAUUAGACUUUAAUGGAAGAUAUUCAGAUGAUAUUGUAGCAACCUGACGUUCAUAAGCAAGUUUAUCAACGUUGUGGUCUGUGGGAUACAAUAUUACUUUCAUGGCCAAUUGUUGCUGUUGUCCCAGGUUUGAUGAACCUGGAGCAGUUAUUGCGUCAGUUCCUUAUCUCCAAGGAGACGCUGACUGUGCGUGUGCUGGAUGACAGUCAGGACCCCAUGCCUGUUCUAAAAGAGAUCCGCAACGACCAGACUGACACCAUCAUAGUGGACGCCAACGCCACGGUGUCCCACCUCAUCCUGGAACGGGUAAGCGUCCCAAAUGGCCCCCUAUUCCCUAUAUAGUGCACUACUUUUGUCAGAAAAAUGCACUAUAAAGGGAAUAGAUUGCCACAUUUUGGGACCCAUCCAUACACUCCAGACCAUUGCCCAAUCCCAAAUCUAUCGCUAUAGGUCUAUGCCUUAUGCACUUGUGGAGAUCUUAUUUGAUAGGAGUAAAGUGUAAUUCAUAGUCCACAGACGCUAGUCCGGUGUCCCAUUGUGACAUAGCUAUGCGGCUCUGAGCAGUAUUGCCAACUUAGCGACUUUGUCGCUAUAUUUAGCGAGUUUUCAGACCCCUCUAGCGACACAUUUUCAAAAAAGCGACUAGCGACAAAUCUAGCGACUUUUUCUGGUGUUAUUGGAGACUUUUGGAGACUCUGACGUGAAAGCACGUAUCGUUCUUACUCUUCUAAACGAGCAGCGGGUGCUGCCGUGGGCCCCACCCCCGUCCCAAAGCACUCACCGUCCCCAGUCCUCGCGCAGCAGUCCCUCCCAGCUGCAGUCAGAGCAGGAGAUGUUCACCCCUCCGUGUCCAGCCUGCAAAUGAAUUGCGCAUGUGGGAAGCCGGCGCUGGCUGAUCCCGCCCUGGCUUACAAUCAGGGCGGGAUGUAAAUGUAGUGUGUUUUUUACUCACUUUUUGUCUCUCCCACAACGUUAUUCCUCUCUCCUACAGCAUCAAUCACAAUUACAUGCACAUGGCAAAUUAUGCAAAUUAGGUGAUGACGUCAUUUAGUGACCUCUAGCGACUUUUAGGAAUCCAAUAGCUACUUUCCUUACUGAGGAGUUGGCAACACUGGCUCUCAGACCACCAUCCGCGGGGACCCACAGCCCGAACGCGCACCUUCCCACAAUUCCCAACCAAUGCGUCUCCAGUACGCGUUUUCUAUUCUUUUGAAUAUGUUGACAGUUGGUUGAAAUUGCUUGAGCUGCGCUGAGAUUUCGAAAAGUAUGAAAGCCAACAGUCCAAUAUUCUAGAACACUGCUAUGCCUUGCCCUCUGAUAGGUUCGGUGGAAUUUUCACCAUGUUACUUACAUCUAUCAAAUCCUCUCAAAUCUCCACAGCUACAUAGAGCGUUGGGUCUAGGAGGCAAUUUGGGAUUGGGAAUACAGUAUGACUAAUAGUGGCUACAUUCACUACACUAACGAGCUGGGUUCAAACAAACACAUUCAGAGUAUCAUCCAAUUCGGAUUACCUCAAGGGAUGUUCAUCUAAUGGUGUUGCUUGGUUGACCAUUCCAUAGACAAAUUGUAUAAAUGUUCUUAAUUUUCCCAUUCAAUAUCUGUUUAUAUGACUCACUAUGCUUGUUUGUAUCCAAUAAUACCUACAAGGUAACGAUUUACAUGAAAAUGUUUGUUGAUUGUGCCUUAUUGAUUGUUUACCGGUGCAUGCUUGUUAAUAACAUUACUAAAAGCAUUACUAAAUGAACACAUGAAUAGUAAGCACUAGUAUUAGACGGCUUCUGUUAUGCAUCUAAUUUAAUAGAAGUUUCAAAGAUCUGUGGAAAAGCUUUGGGUCAUGUUCUUAUGAAUUUAUAAUAACCACAUCGGCAUGACUUAUUUAUUUGACUGCCUUUAUGAUUGGUUUGCAAAGUAAAAAGUUGUGUCAAGUAAAAAUGUCAUUCUGGUGAUUGUCACAUUGUUUUUGGAAUUGUCUCUUCCUUUAAAGUAAUCCCAAGGGACAGGAGGAAAUAUGAAACCAUGAUAUAUGUUUUCCUAGGCAAAUUUCCCAACCCUCAUAAAGAGAAUACUAAUGUCUGCUAACAACAUGGAAUACAGAGUUUAGGUAGAUGUGUUUCCGACUGUGGCCUGGAGUGGUCUAUUGGUUACUGCCGCGCCUUCAGCGCUCAUAUGUAUAUCAGUGCUGGCGUGGGUUCGAAUUUGGCCCACUCCCCUCUAGUGCAUCAUCUCUCCUCCUUUCUUUCCUGUAAUAAUAUAUCAAAUAUAAUAUGCCAUUUAGCAGACGCUUUUUAUCCAAAGCGACUUACAGUCAUGCGUGCAUACAUAUUUUGUGUAUGGGUGGUCCCAGGGAUCGAACCCACUACCUUGGCGUUACAAGCGCCGUGCUCUACCAGCUGAGCUACAGAGGACCACCUGUCUCUCUUCAAUGUCUCUCUGUCCAAUAAACUUGAAAAAUCCCCCAAAAGAAAAUAUAUAUCUUUCCAAGGGCAAUAAUUGAAGUGGUUUCUCUAAAACCACAUGUUAGUGUGAAAAUUCUUGAUUAUGUUACAGAAAAGAAGCUGCUCGGGCUUGAGGCCUCAUUAUUUGUGAGCUAACCAAUGAUGUGGAUUCAGGAAGCAGCAAAUUGAAGUCAGGUGGAUUAUGUAGAGGAAAUACACAUUCAAAUUGACACAUUUCAGAAACCUUGACAGCUUUGAGGGUAAUGUAAAAAGCAUAGAGGCAUGUGGCCUUGUAAAUGGAACAGAACAUAAUACAUUUCACAAUCUCCAUCCACAUUGUAUGGAGACAACGUAUUGGCUGCAGAUUCAGACUUUGAAGUGCUAGAAAAACAUAAUGCAGAAUAAAGUUUAUCCCCCAAAAAAUCUUUCCUUUUUCCCCCUUGAAAAACCUUUUCAUUUUUUCUUUUUAAAAAACUAAGCAAUUUCAUUUAUAAGAUGGGCAAAUAAAGUACUACUAUAAAAGUCUGAAAUAUUCUAAAGCACAACUAUGGUUUCUUACUCUUUGGCUGUGUCUGAAAUGGCACCCUAUUCCUUAUAUAGUGCACUACUUUCGACCAGGACCCAUGAUGACCAGAUCCCUAAAGUUUGCCUUUAAGUUGUCGUUUCCCUCAGUGUUGACGGCAGGAGAUGAAGCAGAGCAAACUUGACAACCUUUUGCUCAAAAUGUGAUUUUUGGCCAAGUCUGUCAGAAGCCGUUGCCAAUUGACUUGUGUUUCUGCCAGUGCACCAGCUUGAUUCGUACUAGUGCUCCACAAAAACUGGGCUAAAAGUCAUAUGGCUGCCAAAUGAUGCACUUUCAUUCUGAUCAUGUAUUAUCUGUUGUUGAGGUUAAAUGUUAGUGUUUUACGAUUUUAGUUUAGCAAGUUUAGCCAUUUUUCAUUAUCAAUUUGACAGCACAGUCUCUCACGGGAAAUAGAUUCUGGACACAGACAAAAAUAGAACUCUCCUCCCUUUUCUUUGAUCUUUGUUCAGUAUGAAAAAUAAAUAAAUAUGUAUGCACUCACUAACUGCAAGUCGCUCUGGAUAAGAGUGUCUGCUAAAUGACUAAAAUGUCAAAUGUAAAGGAUGUUUCUCAGGCAUACCACAAAAACUUCAGUCAUACACUGACCCCAAGACAAAUGAUUUCCACUGUGUAGACUACUGCUGCUGAAAGAAUAUACCAUUUUUGGGGGAGUAAAAGCAGACUGAUUCUAUAGCCCCCUUCCUCCCUCCCUCCCUCCCUCCUUCCAUCCAUCUCUCUCCUUCCCACUCCCUCCAUCUCUGUUCCUCCCUCUCUCAGGCGUCAGAGUUGGGGAUGCUGUCUGUCUACUACACCUACAUCUUCACCACAAUGGUAAGAGGCCAGAUGUAAACGUUUUUUUACCACAGAAUUAAGUCAGUAAAACUGAGUUCUGUGCUACUCUGUAAAUAUGUUGUAUGCAAUGUGUCUCAUGAUUCUAAGUACAGCUUGUUUCAACACAAAACUGGGCUUGAUUAGACUGGUACUUUAUCUGUGCAUGCAUUUCAAUAGUCUUGACUAGUUACCUAUGCAUGUCUCAUUUCCUACAUCUGCAUUUAUGUGAAAGCACUGAACAGGUGAAAGCAAAGCUCAGAGGGCGACUGCGUGUGGUAUGCUUCUCCACAAGUUUUGCGUUUUCUUAAAAUACAUCACUCACUGCUUCGAGUCCCACCUAAAGAUCUGUGUUCACACGGUCGCCACAACCACCAAACAGGGGAAAAUAUACCUCAAAGAAUGUUGAAGAAUGGUGCGUACCGUUUUGGGGAUGUUUAACCAACUGAACACACCCCUGCUGUCUCCUCUGGCAUACAGGAGUUCUCUCUGCUGCAGUUGGACGACAUCCUUGUGGAGCGCUGGGUCAACAUCCUUGGCUUCUCUGUCCUCAACCACAACCAUCCUUACUUCCCCGACCUCCUCCUCAGCCUCAACCGCUCCUGGCAGGAAAACUGUGACCACGCCCCUUUCACUGGGGUCCCGGUGAGCAAAGCUUCAUUUUGAUUGUAUUUUUAUUCAACCAUUAUUUAACCAGGCAAGUCAAUUGAGCACAAGUUCUAUUUUAUAAUGACGGCCUGUCAAGUGGCGGGGGCAAGUACGGGCUGAAUAAAUAAAAGUAAAGGCACAAUACGAGACAUAGAAAGACAUCACAACACAAGGUCAGAAAGACAUUGCAACAACAUAAGACAUUAACAACAACACGUAAACAAUCACCAAUAAUUGUGCUUAACAUUUACUUGUUAGAAUAACAUGUAGGCCUGUCAUAGCAAGUCCAUUAUUGUUUUUGUGUGGAAUAACAAGUACAUGGUUCACAAAUGGUGUCCGUAAUUGAGUCCUUGAAAGCAGAGAUGGAUACAAAUUCACAGGUAGGGUUAGGAGUUAUUCCUGACCACGUGACCUUCCAGGAAAUACUAUUACUAGGGCCCAGAGUUUUCCCUGAGCAGGUCACAUGCCCCCUUACCAUAUAUUAUUAAGGGAUCGAUCCAAGAGGAUGCAACAUUUAGAAAGCUGCAGAUAGAAAUGUAUUUUAUAGAGCUGACAUGAUGAUUCCCUAGCCUUGUUGACUUGACAGAAAAUCUACUAAGCCACAGUUGCCUCACAACAACAGAUGAAAAGCUGUGCGUUAUUACCCUUAUGACUGUGCACAACAACACUCUUCCCACGCUAGACGGAUGUGCAAUUAAUACCCUGGGGUUUUGAGUUUUGCCUCAACACAUUCUGAUUAGUUAAGUGAUUUCAAAUGCUUUUUUAGUUAAUGGACCUUUCAUUGCAUGGAAGAUGCUGUGUUGUGCUUUCUGCCGUCAACAUUAAGGAGACAAAUAAUCCACAUUGAACAUUGAACCCCCCCUACAGUUUGGGCUUUGUUAAUCAAUGUUGUUAUAUUACAACAGAGCUAGCUCUCUUCCUACUGUAACAUUUUUACACUGUCGAAGAAUACAGACUCUAUAUUGUAGAAUAUGAAUGUAUUUAUUUGCCUACUCUCUCUCCCCAUUCUCUCUCUAACACUACACUGACUCUGAGUGCUUCCUUUGUAUUCACUACCAGUAAGCGAGCUACCUUCCCUUAUUCAGAUGGGUAUUGUUUUAUCUUUCUGGAAUCCAUCCUGCCAUUGUGCAGAGCAUUUAAAGAGGAUUAUUUUCUCAGAGUUUCUCUCUAAGUCUGAAAGAGCUUCAUUGUAGGAGUGGGAGGAAACUAUCACUGGAUGGAAUAUGUAAAUAUAUAGCUUAGUAUCGAGACUCUGAUUUCCUAAUCCAGCAUUUGAGUGUGUGUCUUGCUCUCUGUCUCUCUCUCAACCCUGUACCUUGUCUCUCCUUCCUCCUCUCUCUCUCUCUCUCUCCUUUCACCCUCUACCCAUCUCCUCUCUCCCCCCCUUCUCUAUAUAUCUCUUUCAACCUUCUACCUAUCUUUGUUUUCUGUCUCCCUCUCCUUCAACCAUCUACCAUCUCCUCUCUCUUUCUCCCCCCCCCCCCCCACUCUGUCCCCCAGCUCUCCCCAGCCCUGCUGUAUGAUGCCGUGCAUGUGGCGGUGUCCGCUGUGAGGGAGCUCAACCGCAGUCAGAGCGUGGGCGCCACACAGCUCACCUGUCAAUCAUCCAAAAUCUGGGAGCAUGGCACCAGCCUGAUGAACUACCUAAGGAUGGUGAGCACUGACAACUCGCAUGCACGUGUGCAAACACACACACCAGGGUUGGGCUCAAUAAGAAUUGAAGGCAGUAAAUUCAGGAGGUAAACUGAAAUUCCAAUGAUUCAAUUAUUGAAAAAAGGGCGUCAAUUUUCGAUGACUUCUCAAUAAACUGAAAAGGAGAAGCUAUCUAUGUCAAACGUUUUUAAAUUUGGGGAUUUUAAAUUCAAAUCACUUCCUGAAUUGACUGACUUCAAUUCGAAUUGAGUCUAACCCUGACACACACAACAACACGCGUGCAGACACACAUAAUAUGCUCUGUCUCUCACACAAACACACACAGUCACACACACAUACAGACACACACACACACUCAGUAUGCACUCUAUCAGCCCUGUUAUCCAAGCCAGUAAUUUGCCUGUCACCUAGUGACUCACCCUGCUCCUGGAGAAAAGGUAUCCAAGCCAAGAUUGAGCGUCGGCAACAUGUUGACUUCGUCAGGUUCUUAGUCAUCAACUGUAAAGAAAUAUUGCUAACAAAGACUUGGAAUGCUCUCUCCAGAAUAGCUCAGUACACACUGUCAACCAUAUGCACUCAAAGCAAUGAUUUCCCAACCAAAACAUGAUUCUCUGAAGUGCCUUUCUGUCCAGAGUGGCUACGGAUACAGAAUUUAUGUAUCUCAAUUUGCCCACGCAAGAAAUACAGAUAUUUCUGCGUAUGUGCAAGAUUUGUUUUUACGUAGCUGAGUGCCCACUCCGCUGCCUAAGUAGCUGCUGUGGUGAGUGCUCCACCUCCGCUCCCCCCUCCUUGAUUGCCUUUGUCUCGUCACUGGUGUAGGCUACAAACUUCAUGUUGCACACAAAACUGUUCUAACUAUACCGUUCCAUGCCUCAGUAAGCAAAAGCACAAUUUAAUGUUAUUUUUUCAGGAGGGGAGUAGGCUACAUACAGCUAUUUUCAGUUUUUACACAAAAUACAUUAUUGACGCGUUCGUACAAACUUUGUCAGUAUUACAAACAUAAGCAUAACACAUAGGCAGUCUAGCGAUUUCAUGUUCUUCUUAGCUGCUGAGUUACAUGCAGCUAUUUACUCUCGCCACGAUUUCAGCAUAUAUGGCAUUUAACUAUGGCACCUGGCGAUGCAAAACGAACUUGCCCAUCGCUGUCUAAUUAGCGAUUGAAUGUUAUUUUUUCAUAAUCAUUGCAAACAUUGGCUAAGCAUGGGUGAGUAGAGAGCGAAACGUGAAGGGAGGGGGAGUGUGAGCAGCAGCUACGUUAGAAAGACAAAUGUGUGUGUAAAAUAACACAUGUGCAGAACAGGAUCCUUAGCUUUAAAAAGCCACUGCCUUUAAAAAGCAACAAAUCCCUUUGAAAACAGCCUAUGUGGCAUCGAUAUGAGUCAGAAACAGUUAUUCUAGUGUCAAAAUUGACUACAAAGUGUAAAUAGGAUAAUUUUGGUCAUAAAGUCAGUCUCGUCUUAAACAGAGUUUGGAACAUCCAUUCGUCACAUCGGGUAAAUUAAGGUUGGGUUUUGAUUUGAUGAUGUCCAUUUGCCCACUAACAUGGGGUGAACAGCUCCGGUGAUUGCUCUCAACCCAAUAGCAUAGAGACAGACCUGCCCAGCAGUGCUGGCUGUUUACAUAAGACAACACAUCAUGCAUUUUUUUAACUUGAGAAAUACUGCACCAAUUACUGUAUAGGAAAUUAUCCCUGCGGGAAUUGAACCCAAAACCUUGGCAUUGCUAGCAACACGCUUGUACCAACUGAGCCAGACAGACUAUAUACUGUACUGUGUGUGUUUUAUUGUAAUACCAUUUGGAGCUCUCAUUGAGAUGCACAGCCCAGCACGCCCUCUCCUCUCUCUCUGUCUCUGACAGGUAGAAUUGGAAGGUCUAACUGGGCACAUAGAGUUCAACAGCAAAGGCCACCGCUUCAACUACGCCCUGAGGGUCGUGCAGAGCAGCUCAGAGGGGCUAAGGCAGGUAAAGCUACACUGCACACACAAUAACCAUUUACUUUGUAACAGGCUGGGAUUUACUGUGUAUAACUGUAUAUAAAGAGCUACAGUCUGAUGCCGAGGUUUAGUAUAAGUCCCAAAUGGCACCCUAUAUCCUAUGUAGUGCCCUACUUUUGACCAUGGACCUGGACCAUGGAUAGUUUUUUAAAAUGGAUAUUACUGUAGUAUUUACAGUACAAUAGUGUUUUUUCAGAAUUACUGUAUGUCACGUUUGUUGAGUACAGGAUUGGACCAAGGUGCAGCGUGGUAUGCGUACAUGUUCGUUUAUUAAAUAAACACAGAACAAAACAACAAAAGCAACGUAACGUGAAGUUCUAAAGGCUAACAUCAAACAAGCCAAACACACAGAAACAAGAUCCCACAACAUAGGUAGGCAACAUGGCUGCCUAAGUAUGAUCCCCAAUCAGAGACAACGAUCGACAGCUGCCUCUGAUUGGGAACCACACCCGGCCAACAUAGAUCUACAAUAUCUAGAUCUUACACAUAGAAAUUCACACCCUGACCAAACCAACUAAAGAAAACCGGGCUCUCAAGGCCAGGACGUGACACUGUAGUAUACUAUAGCAUAUACUAUCGUGUUUUUUAAGACAUUACCGUAGUAUUUGCUAUAGGGUUUUUGUUUUAUUAUCUUUGACAUAGAAUUGGGGGCUUUCCCCUUAAGGAAACCUACUGGACAAAUACUAAAAGAGCACAUUUUCCAUAACCUGUAGGGAACACAAUAAUAUGGUCUAUACUUAGCAUGUGGGUUUCUCACUCAUGGUUGGCACAAUUUGGUUUAGGACCUAUUUAACCGGUCGAGAGUUUUUUGUCACCCUUAGUGAACAUAACUCAGAGAAAAUACAUAUCACAUAUGGUGUUCCACAAGGUUCAAUUUUGGGUCCAGUACUGUUCAGUUUAUAAACAUCCCUUUUUCAGGACCCUGUCUUUCAAAGAUAAUUCAUAAAAAUCCAAAUAACUUCACAGAUCUUCAUUGUAAAGGGUUUAAACACUGUUUCCCAUGCUUGUUCAAUGAACCAUAAACAAUUAAUGAACAUGCACCUGUGGAACGGUCGUUAAGACACUAACAGCUUACAGACAGUAGGCAAUUAAGGUCACAGUUAUGAAAACUUAGGACACUAAAGAGGCCUUUCUACUGACUCUGAAAAACACCAAAAGAAACAUGCCUAGGGUCCCUGCUCAUCUGCGUGAAUGUGCCUUAGGCAUGCUGCAAGGAGGCAUGAGGACUGCAGAUGUGCCCAGGGCAAUAAAUUGCAAUGUCCGUACUGUGAGACGCCUAAGACAGCGCUACAGGGAGACAGGACGGACAGCUGAUCGUCCUUACAGUGGCAGGCCACGUGUAACAACACCUGCACAGGAUCGGUACAUCCGAACAUCACACCUGCGGGACAGGUAUAGGAUGAUAUAGGAACAACAACAAGAACUGCCCGAGUUACACCAGGAACGCACAAUCCCCCCAUCAGUGCUCAGACUGUCUGCAAUAGGCUGAGAGCGGCUGGACUGAGGGCUUGUAGGCCUAUUGUAAGGCAGGUCCUCACCAGACAUCACCGGCAACAACGUCGCCUAUGGGCACAAACCCACCGUCGUUGGACCAUACACGACUGCUCUUCACUGACGAGUCGCAGUUUUGUCUCACCAGGGGUGAUGGUCAGAUUUGCGUUUAUCGUCGAAGGAAUGAGCGUUACACCGAUGCCUGUACUCUGGAGCGGGAUUGAUUUGGAGGUGGAGGUCCGUCAUGGUCUGGGGCGGUGUGUCACAGCAUCAUCGGACUGAGCUUGUUGUCAUUGCAGGCAAUCUCAACGCUGUGCGUUACAGGGAAGACAUCCUCCUCCAUCAUGUGGUACCUUCCUGCAGGCUCAUCCUGACAUGACCCUCCAGCAUGACAAUGCCACCAGCCAUACUGCUCGUUCUGUGCGUGAUUUCCUGCAAGACAGGAAUGUCAGUGUUCUGCCAUGGCCAGCUAAGAGCCCGAAUCUCAAUCCCAUUGAGCAUGUCUGGGACCUGUUGGAUCGGAGGGUGAGGGCUAGGGCCACCCCCCCCAGAAAUGUCCGGGAACUUGCAGGUGCCUUGGUGGAAGAGUGGGGUAACAUCUCACAGCAAGAACUGGCAAAUCUGGUGCAGUCCAUGAGGAGGAGAUGCACUGCAGUACUUAAUGCAGCUGGUGGUCACAACAGAUACUGACUGUUACUUUUUGACCCCCCCCCCCUUUGUUCAGGGACACAUUAUUCAAUUUAUGUUAGUCACAUGUCUGUGGAACUUGUUCAGUUUAUGUCUCAGUUGUUGAAUCUUGUUAUGUUCAUAAAAAUAUUUACACAUGUUAAGUUUGCUGAAAAUAAAUGCAGUUGACAGUGAGAGGAUGUUUCUUUUUUUGCUGAGUAUAUAUGUUACCCCUUGGCAGCGUUAUCAGAAAGCACAGCAUUGAUUUUCACUGAUACGCAGACAUUACACAGCUUUACAUUUCUGUGUCACCAGAGGAUUUUAGCUCCACAGAUAAAUUAUUAGACUGUUUAGUGAUUUAAAUACUUGCAUGGCUCACAAUUUCCUCCAGCUAAAUCAAGACAAGACCGAUGUACUUAUUGUUGUAGCCAAAGCACAGAGAGAGAAUCUAGCCGCACAUUUUAAUUCAGGGGCAAUAAAGAUAAAACAACAGGUAAAAAACCUAGGUGUUAUUUUAGAUUCUGAACUAAAUUUUGAACCACACAUUAGCAAUGUGACCAAAAUAGAUUUUUGCCACCUGAGGAACAUUGCCAAGGUGCGGCCAUUUCUCUCUUAGGCUGAUACAGAGAGACUCAUCCAUGGUUUUAUUACAAGCAGGCUUGACUACUAUAAUGCUCUCCUGUCUGGUCUACCCAAGAAAGGCAUUGGUCAACUGCAAACAUACAGAAUGCUGCAGCACGGGUACUGACCAAGACCAGACGGAGAGCACACAUUACAUUGGUUUUAAGGUCUCUGCACUGGCUGCCUGUGAGUUUUAGAAUUCAUUUGAAGAUUCUUCUAUUGGUUUUUUCAUCAAUCCACAAUUGUUUACAUUUACAUUUACGUCAUUUAGCAGACGCUCUUAUCCAGAGCGACUUACAAAUUGGUGCAUUCACUCUAUAGCCAGUGGGAUAACCACUUUACAAUUUUUCUUUUUUUUUUUUUUUUUUUUUUUUUUUGGGGGGGGGGGGGGGGGUAGAAGGAUUACUUUAUCCUAUCCCAGGUAUUCCUUAAAGAGGUGGGGUUUCAAAUGUCUCCGGAAGGUGGUGAGUGACUCCGCUGUCCUGGCGUCGUGAGGGAGCUUGUUCCACCAUUGGGGUGCCAGAGCAGCGAACAGUUUUGACUGGGCUGAGCGGGAACUAUGCUUCCGCAGAGGAAGGGGAGCCAGCAGGCCAGAGGUGGAUGAACGCAAUGCCCUCGUUUGGGUGUAGGGACUGAUCAGAGCCUGAAGGUACGGAGGUGCCGUUCCCCUCACAGCUCCAUAGGCAAGCACCAUGGUCUUGUAACGGAUGCGAGCUUCAACUGGAAGCCAGUGGAGUGUGCGGAGGAGGGGGGUGACGUGAGAGAACUUGGGAAGGUUGAACACCAGACGGGCUGCGGCAUUCUGGAUGAGUUGUAGGGGUUUAAUGGCACAGGCAGGGAGCCCAGCCAACAGCGAGUUGCAGUAAUCCAGACGGGAGAUGACCAGUGCCUGGAUUAGGACCUGUGCCGCUUCCUGUGUAAGGCAGGGUCGUACUCUCCGAAUGUUGUAGAGCAUGAACCUGCAGGAUCGGGUCACCGCCUUGAUGUUAGCGGAGAACGACAGGGUGUUGUCCAGGGUCACGCCAAGGCUCUUCGCACUCUGGGAGGAGGACACAACGGAGUUGUCAACCGUGAUGGCGAGAUCAUGGAACGGGCAGUCCUUCCCCGGGAGGAAGAGCAGCUCCGUCUUGCCAGGGUUCAGCUUGAGGUGGUGAUCCGUCAUCCAUACUGAUAUGUCUGCCAGACAUGCAGAGAUGCGAUUCGCCACCUGGUUAUCAGAAGGGGGAAAGGAGAAGAUUAGUUGUGUAUCGUCAGCGUAGCAAUGAUAGGAGAGGCCAUGUGAGGAUAUGACAGAGCCAAGUGACUUGGUGUAUAGGGAGAAAAGGAGAGGGCCUAGAACUGAGCCCUGGGGGACACCAGUGGUGAGAGCACGUGGUGCGGAGACAGCUUCUCGCCACGCCACUUGGUAGGAGCGACCGGUCAGGUAGGACGCAAUCCAGGAGUGAGCCGCGCCGAGAUGCCCAGCUCGGAGAGGGUGGAGAGGAGGAUCUGAUGGUUCACAGUAUCAAAGGCAGCAGACAGGUCUAGAAGGACAAGAGCAGAGGAGAGAGAGUUAGCUUUAGCAGUGCGGAGAGCCUCCGUGACACAGAGAAGAGCAGUCUCAGUUGAAUGACCAGUCCUGAAACCUGACUGGUUUGGAUCAAGAAGGUCAUUCUGAGAGAGAUAGCAAGAGAGUUGGCUAAAGACGGCACGCUCAAUAGUUUUGGAAAGAAAAGAAAGAAGGGAUACUGGUCUGUAGUUGUUGACAUCAGUGGGAUCGAGUGUUGGUUUUUUGAGAAGGGGUGCAACUCUCGCUCUCUUGAAGACGGAAGGGACAUAGCCAGCGGUCAAGGAUGAGUUGAUCAGCGAGGUGAGGUAGGGGAGAAGGUCACCGGAGAUGGUCUGGAGAAGAGAGGAGGGGAUGGGGUCAAGCGGGCAGGUUGUUGGGCGGCCUGCAGUCACAAGUCGUAAGAUUUUAUCUGGAGAGAGAGGGGAGAAAGAAGUCAAAGCAUAGGGUAGGGCAGUGUGAGCAGGACCAGCAGUGUCAUUAGACUUAACAAACGAGGAUCGGAUGUCGUCAACCUUCUUUUCAAAGUGGUUGACGAAGUCAUCCACAGAGAGGGAGGGGGGGGGGGGGGGGGGGAUUCAGCAGUGAGGAGAAUGUGGCAAAGAGCUUCCUAGGGUUAGAGGCAGAUGCUUGGAAUUUAGAGUGGUAGAAAGUGGCCUUAGCAGCAGAAACAGAUGAAGAAAAUGUAGAGAGGAGGGAGUGAAAAGAUGCCAGGUCGGCAGGGAGUUUAGUUUUCUUCCAUUUCCGCUCAGCUGCCCGGAGCUCUGUUCUGUGAGCUCGCAAUGAGUCAUCAAGCCACGGAGCUGGAGGGGAAGACCGAGCCGGCCGGGAGGAUAGGGGACACAGGGAGUCAAAGGAUGCAGAAAGGGAGGAGAGGAGGGUUGAGGAGGCAGAAUCAGGAGAUUGGAGGGAGAAGGAUUGAGCAGAGGGAAGAGAUGAUAGGAUGGAAGAGGAGAGAGUAGUGGGAGAGAGAGAGCGAAGGUUGCGGCGGCGCGUUACCAUCUGUGUAGGGGCAGAGUGAGUAGUGUUGGAGGAGAGCGAGAGAGAAAAGGAUACAAAGUAGUGGUCGGAGACAUGGAGGGGAGUUGCAGUGAGAUUAGUAGAAGAGCAACAUCUAGUAAAGAUGAAGUCAAGCGUAUUGCCUGCCUUGUGAGUAGGGGGGGACGGUGAGAGGGUGAGGUCAAAAGAGGAGAGGAGUGGAAAGAAGGAGGCAGAGAGAAAUGAGUCAAAUGUAGACGUAGGGAGGUUGAAAUCCCCCAAAACUGUGAGGGGUGAGCCAUCCUCAGGAAAGGAACUUAUCAAGGCGUCAAGCUCAUUGAUGAACUCUCCAAGGGAACCUGGAGGGCGAUAGAUGACAAGGAUAUUAAGCUUAAAUGGGCUAGUGACUGUGACAGCGUGGAAUUCAAAUGAGGAGAUAGACAGAUGGGUUAGGGGAAAAAUUGAGAAUGACCACUUGGGAGAGAUGAGGAUUCCUGUGCCACCACCCCUCUGACCAGAUGCUCUCGGGGUAUGCGAGAACACAUUGUCAGACGAGGAGAGAGCAGUAGGAGUAGCAGUGUUUUCAGUGGUAAUCCAUGUUUCCGUCAGCGCCAGGAAGUCGAGGGACUGGAGGGUAGCAUAGGCUGGAAUGAAGUCAGCCUUGUUGGCAGCAGAACGCCAGUUCCAGAGGCUGCCUGAGACCUGGAACUCCAGGUGUGUGGUGCGUGCAGGGACCACCAGGUUAGAGAGGCAGCAGCCACGCGGUGUGAGGCGUUUGUGUAGCCUGUGCGGAGAGGAGAGAACAGGGAUAGGCAGAGGCAUAGUUGACAGGCUGUAGCAGAUGGCUACAAUAAUGCAGAGGAGAUCGGAACGAAAUGAACUAAACAUCUGGGAAAGGAGAGAGCAGGGCCUCCCUCACCAAAAAAAUAUAACUCUCCCAACUUCCACCUCAGAAACUAUAAUUGUUUCACUGAACCACCCAAAUAAAACUCUCCCAACUUCCACUUUAGAAAUUAGAAUUGUUGUAAACUACAGCGGUUCAAUGUUUCAAGGAAUAGACUCAACUUACUUUAUUCAGCUAGCUAACUAUGACGCCAUAGCUAACUAGCAUGCUAGCAUCCAAUAACACACAGUUUAGCACCAAUACUUGGUUACAACAAACUACCAAUAGUGUGUUAACACACUAAACAGAUAAUUUGUGUCCGUGUCUAGUUCUUUCAUAACGCAGCAAUAAUUAAACGUUGGCUAGCUAGCACAAAUAUAUUGUAUUUAGCUACUACAGUACAGCUAGCUGGUAGUGUUGGCUAGCUAGCAAUGGCUGCUGUGUUGACUUUUUUGAAAAACGGCGUCGCUGCGAACGAAUGUAGCUGGCUAAAAGGAUAUUGUAUUUAGUUGCUACCGUUGCUAAUAGCUACCCGCCAGCUAGUCCAGGAGGUGAGUUAGCUAGCUAGCUUCGUGCUACACCCGGUACCGCCGAAUACAAAAGUAACCUACAAUAACUACAUACAACAACUACCCACAACAACCCACGAUGCCUAGCUACAAUACCCAACUACAAUCUAAAUACAUAGUUUAAGCCUUACUCGACAAAGCCCAAGCUAUGCAUAAAGCCAAACUUACCCGACGCCAGCUGUCUGGGUGGUUUUCUGCAAUCAGUAGCUGUAAUUAAGUACACUAGCUACUAACUACCUAACGUUAAUGCUUCAGAUAAUGAGGUUAGAAAAACAGCUGAAUGGUAGGUAGCUAGCUGGCUUAAUUACAGGUACUCUUAAGCGUGAAAUAACAUUGGAAACAACUAUCCACCGUUGCUAAAAGUUACCAGUAGCUACCCGCUAGCUAGCUAGCUCUAUCGGUUAAUGCUUCAGAUAAUGAGGUUAGAAAAACAGCUGAAUGGUAGGUAGCUAGCUGGCUUAAUUACAGGUACUCUUAAGCGUGAAAUAACAUUGGAAACAACUAUCCACCGUUGCUAAAAGUUACCAGUAGCUACCCGCUAGGUUAGCUAGCCGAGAGAGCGGAGGAGGACAGCGACAGUGCCACUCUGGUGGCACGAAGGGACAAUCCACCACACGUCGUAGUCAACGUUCUUUUGGGCCUGGAGGCAGCAGGCAGGGCACUCACGCAUCACCCUAGCUAUCGAACACCCACACUCGUUCAGAGCCCUCUGCUGCGCACUGUAAAAUACUUGUCUCCUUUCCUGAGCACAUGGAUGUUCCCCAGUGUAAGGCGCUAGUCGAUUCAGGCACAGCUGGGAACUUUAUGGACAGGGCAUUCGCACACCGUAUAGGCAUUCCAUUGAUUCCCCUAUCCAUUCCACGCCCCAUCAGAACACUUGAUAGUCGACCAUUAGGGUCCGGGUUGGUUAAGGAAGUUACUGCACCAGUCACCAUGAUUACCCAGGAGAAUCAUUGUGAACAGGUGAUUUUUUCCAUUAUUGAGUCUCCUGCUUUCCCUGUGGUAUUAGGUAUCCCUUGGCUAGCACUCCACAACCCCACCUUUUCAUGGCCGCACAGGGUUCUCACGGGGUGGUCGCGAGAGUGUCAGGGUAGGUGUCUAGGUGUUUCCGUUGGUGCAACCACGGUGGAAAGUCCAGACAGUACCUCCACUGUGCGCAUUCCCCCUGAAUACCUAGAUCUGGCGCAAGCGUUCUCUAAAACGCAGGCUACUAAAUUACCACCUCAUCGGGCGGGGGAUUGCGCGAUAAACCUCCGGGUAGACGCUGUACCUCCCAGGAGACAUAUAUACCCCCUGUCACAGGUUGAAACGGUGGCUAUGGAAACAUAUGUCACGAGUCCCUGCGCCAGGGGUAUAUACGUCCCUCCACUUCACCCGCCUCCUCGAGUUUCUUCUUUGUGAAGAAGAAGGACGGAGGUCUGCGCCCGUGCAUUGAUUAUCGACCACUGAACAGGGAGACAAUAAGAUUUAGCUAUCCUCUCCCCCUCAUUCCUUCAGUGAUUGAAUCAAUGCAUGGGGCGCGCUUCUUCACCAAAUUAGAUCUCAGGAGUGUGUACAACCUGGUGCGUAUCCGAGAGGGAGAUGAGUGGAAGACAGCAUUCAGCACAACCACGGGGCAUUAUGAAUACCUGGUGAUGCCCAAUGGUUUGAUGAAUGCUCCCUCAGUUUUCCAGUCCUUUGUGAAUUAGGUGUUUCGGGACAUGCUUGGUCGCGGUGUAGUGGUCUACAUCGAUGACAUCCUGGUGUAUUCCGCUACGCGCGCUGAGCAUGUGUCCCUGGUUCACAAGGUGCUGGCCCGACUGUUGGAAAAUAACCUUUAUGCUAAGGCAGAGAAGUGUAUGUUUUUCCAGCAGUCCGUCUCCUUCCACCUCAGGUGUGGAGAUGGAGGGAGAUCGCAUUUCAGCCAUGCGUAAUUGGCCGACUCAAACCAUGGUUAAGGAGGUGCCUUGGCUUUGCCAACUAUUACCGGAGGUUUAUCUGGGGCUUUGGCAAGGUCGCAGCUCCCAUUACCUCCCUGUUGAAGGGUGGGCUGUCCCGGCUCCGCUGGUCUGCUGAGGCUGACCUGGCCUUCAGCAAACUGCGGGGUCUGUUCACCUCAGCCCCAGUACUGGCCCACCCCGAUUCAUCACUACCGUUCGUAGUGGAGGUGGAUGCGUCCGAGGUUGGGAUAGGAGCUGUCCUGUCUCAUCGCUCGGGUACGCCACCCAAGCUCCGCCCCUGUGCGUUCUUUUCGAAGAAGCUCAGCCCGGCGGAGCAGAACUACAGCGUUGGUGAUCGGGAGCUGUUGGCUGUUGUUCGAGCCUUGACCGUGUGGCGGCAUUGGCUCGAGGGGACAAAACACCCUUUCCUCGUCUGGACGGACCACCGUAACCUGGAGUACAUCCGGGCAGCGAGGAGGCUGAAUCCUCGGCAGGCCAGGUGGGCCCUAUUCUUCACCCGGUUUGAUUUCACUCUAUCAUACAUCCCGGGUACGAAGAAUGUGAAGGCAGACGCGCUGUCCCGGCUGUAUGACACAGAGGAGAGGCCCAGAGACAACACUCCCAUACUGCCGGCCUCCUGCAUUGUAGCGCCGGUAGUAUGGGCGAUGGACGCGGAUAUAGAGCAGGCAUUACGCACAGAUCCCUCUCCACCUCAGUGUCCAGAUGGGCUGCAGUACGUGCCUGCUCUUAUCCAUGAUCGUCUGAUCUACUGGGCACACAUGUCACCCUCCUCUGGUCACCCAGGUAUCGGCCGUACAGUGCGCUGCCUGAGCGGAAAGUACUGGUGGCCUACCUUGGCUAAGGACGUGAGGGUGUACGUCUCCUCCUGCUCGGUGUGCGCCCAGAGUAAGGCACCUAGGCACCUCCCAGCGGGUAAGCUACAACCGUUACCAGUUCCACAACGACCAUGGUCUCACCUUAGCAUUGAUUUUCUAACUGAUCUUCCCCUCUCCCAAGGUAACACCACCAUCCUGGUCAUUGUGGACCGCUUCUCCAAGUCCUGCCGCCUCCUUCCUCUGCCUGGUCUCCCCACGGCCCUGCAAACUGCGGAGGCCCUGUUUACUCAUGUCUUCCGGCACUACGGGGUACCAGUGGAUAUAGUGUCUGACCGAGGUCCCCAGUUCACGUCCAAGGUCUGGAAGGCGUUCAUGGAACGUCUGGGGGUCUCGGUCAGCCUGACCUCUGGGUUCCACCCCGUUAGUAAUGGGCAGGUGGAACGGGUAAAUCAGGACGAGGGUAGGUUCCUGCGGUCCUACUGCCAGGACUGGCCAGGGGAGUGGUCGGUGUUCUUGCCAUGGGCAGAAUAUGCCCAGAACUCUCUCCGCCACUCCUCCACUAACCUAAUGCCUUUCCAGUGUGUUCUAAGUUACCAACCGGUUCUGGCACCGUGGCACCAGAGCCAGACCGAGGCUCCUGCGGUGGAUGACGGGUUUCGGCAAGCGGAGGAGAUGUGGGAUGCUGCCCACGUUCACCUCCAACGCGCCGUGCGUUGUCAGAAGGCCAACGCUGACCGCCACCGCAGUGAGGCCCCCGUCUUUGUACCGGUGGAUCGGGUCUGGCUCUCGACCCGGAAUCUGCCCCUCCGCCUGCCCUGCCGGAAGCUGAGCCCAUGGUUUGUGGAGCUGUUCAAAGUCCUGAGGAGAGUCAACGAGGUCAGAUAUAGGUUAUUACUGCCCCCUGAUAGGGCAGGCAUCGUUUCAUGUGUCUCUCCUCAGGCCGGUGGUAGCUGGUCCGCUCCAGGAGUCUGAGGUGCGGGAGGUUCCUCCACCUCCUCUGGAUAUCGAGGGGGCCCCGGCGUACUUGGUCCGUUCCAUCCUGGAUUCGAGCCGUCGGGUGGGGGGCCUUCAGUACCUCGUGGAGUGGGAGGGGUACGGUCCGGAGGAACGGUGCUGGGUCCCGGUGAGGGAUAUCCUCGAUCCCUCCAUUUUUACGGGAUUUCCACCGUCGACAUCCGGCUCGCCCUGCUCCGCGUCCUCCUGGCCGUCCCCGAGGCCGGGGUCGGCGCACUGCUGGAGCCGCACGUCAAGGGGGAGGGGUACUGUCACGACUUCUGCCAAGGUUGCCUCCCCUCCUUGUUCGGGCAGGUUUCUGCGUUCGUCGUCACCGGCUUACUAGCUGCUGCCGAUCCACUUGUCUUGUCUAAUUAAUCACACACACCUGGUCCUUAUCCCCAAUUAGUCAUUGUAUAAGUGUUCCCUCUGCUUCCUUGUCUGUGUGGGUGAUAGUUUGUCGUGAGCUGUGUGUAGCUCGGUUGAGCUACGCUUACCUUGUUGUUGCCAGGGUAGUAUUUUGCCCUGUGCCUGAGUUUUGUUGUCGCAUGCUUGCGCAACCGUUUAUCGACGGAAUAAACUCUUUGGAUACGUAUUACUCUCUUGCGCCUGACUGCUUCUAUCACACGCAUCACAGGUAUUUGCCGAAACACAUUGGUUUUAACAAUAACAUAUAGAUUUUUCAAACAAACCUCAAUUUGUACUACUGAGAGUUGCUGAAUAUGUUUUCAUCUUCAGUUUCAUGAACCUUGGUUUGAAAGCACAGCACCACCCUGUUUCUCUCUUAAUCGCUCUCUCUCUCCCUCAACCCUCUACCCAUCUCCUCUUUUCUUUCUGUCUCUCUCUUUCCCUCCCUCCCUCCCUCCCAGGUUGGUGAGUGGCAUUCGGAGCAUGGUCUGUCCAUGGAGAGCGACAUCAACCUCCACAUCGUGGCCGGCACCAUCUUCAACACCACCCUCACCAUCACCACCAUCUUGGUGAGCGCAGCUUCUCUUUUCGCCACACCAUUUCACCGUGUGCAGGGGUGUAUACAUUAGUGCACACCGUAGAAAAAACAACCAUUUCUUAUUGGACAAGUUAAUGUAGUCCCUCCUCGUUUCGGCCUGUUUGCUUCCGUUUUGCUCCUAUUGAAUACGACCCUGUUUUUGGCUCUACUACUUCUAGUACUCUUCUACUUGUUUUUAAUCCAUCUGCCAACUCAAUUAAGCACAAGCAUACCAAGUGUUCCAGACGCUUUCACUGUUGACCUCGGUAGAUGAGAGACUGGCGUUUCUCAUUUGAGGUACAACCUAAUUGGUGCCCUUGAAAAAAUUGAAAUUCUGCAAGGCUCAUUCUUCAUGGACUCUGUCUCUUCUUCAUUUGCGUUGGCUUGACCUGGUCCGCUGGGUAUGAAAUACCGGCGCAUGACUAGAAUUUUCUCAUCAUUUUCUUACAUGGAGACAGAGAAAUUAUCAAAGAACCUCUACCCUUCAAUCAACUGUAGAUUCAGCCAGAAUACUGUAGUUGGUAGCUACUGUUUUAAUUGGUAGACAGUGUGUGUGGCGCAUUGAUUUUUGGUCACAUACAUAGGCUUACGGUACGGUACGUGGCCUUCAGCUUGCAGAUUGAUUGACUGGCACAAUGGAACCAAUAGAAUAGUUGCAAAACUGCUGACCCCGCCCAUCUGGCAUCCCAGGCAGGCUAAAGCAAGCUGCGUCGUCAUCUCAAGUCUCAAAUGAACACAGGUGGGAAAUGUCGAGUCAUUAUCUUAAUGAAGUGAGAUAAAUAUAUUGUGAAUUGUGUGUGGCUCAUUAAGGGAUAACUGAGAGAAAAACACAUUGGCUCAGAGCUUUUAAUAAAGCAGCCUAGUCAGAAACAGAUGGAAGCACAGAGAAGAACUGAGGGAGGCCCAAGGGAGGGCAUGAGUCAUGGCGAGAGACAGACGAAUCACCCUAGCACGGCUAGCCUAACACACACAUACACACACAAACACUCCCACUCUCUCUCUCUCACAGACACACACGCACACACACACAUACACAUACACACUCUCCCACUCUCUUUCUCUCACAGACACGCAUACGCGCACACACACACACUCCCACUCUCUCUCUCUCACAGACACAGGCACGCACACACACACACCAGGUUGUACCAGUUUGAAGCCUCUUGCAAGAGAGCUAUUAUUUGAUGCUACGUCUGAACCAUGCAAAUUCACUCCAACACAAUACACACAUUCAGAUUCAGAGUGUUAACAUUCACAUGUACAGGGUUGCAGGUGUGAUUGGAGGGUACAGUGAAAAUAUUAGACUUGGAGCUCCAACAUGCAGGACUAGUGAAAUAAAAUAAUGAAAAUGGUAAUAAGGGGAGUAGCAGGGGGAGGGGGGAACAGGUAGCUGACUAGUGGUGGCUAUUCAGCAGCCUGAUGGUCUGAGGGUAGAAACUAUUGGCCAGUCUUUCAGUUUUUGCCAUGAUGCUCCUGUACUGCCCGCGUCUGAAUGAUUGAAGCGGGGAUAACAGGGCAUAGCUUGGGUGCUGGGGUCCCUGAUGAUCUUCUUGGCCUUCCUGCGACACCUGGUGUUGUAGCUGUCCUGUAGGGCUGGCAUUGUGCACCCAAUGAUGCGUUCGGUUGCACGUAUCACCCUCUGAAGAGCCUUGCGGUCCGCGGUGGUGGAAUUGCUGAACCACACUGUGAUGCAGCUCGAUAGUAUGCUCUCGAAUGUGCUCCUGUAGAACACUGUGAGGGCUCUUGGGGACAGGCCGAAUUUCUUCAGGAUCCUGAGUUUUAAGAGUCGCUGUCAGGCCUUCUUCACUACGGUGUCCGUGUGGUUAGACCAUUUCAGCUUCUCUGAGAUGUGUACACUGAGGAAUUUGAAGUUAUUGACCAUCUCCACGUUGAUGAGGAUGGGGGCGUGUCCAGCCUGGUUCCUCCGGAAGUCCACAAUCAGCUCCUUUGUUUUGCUAACGUUGAGGGAGAGGUUGUUUACCUGGCACCACACCGUCAGAGUGCCUGCCUCCUCCCUGUAGACUGUCUUGUCAUUGUUGGAGAUCAGGCCUACUACUGUUGUGUCGUCAGUGAACUUGAUGAUGGGGUUGGAACUGUGUGAGGCCACGCAGUCAUGGGUAUACAGGGAAUACAGGAUGGGACUGAGGACGCACCCUUGUGGGGCCCCAGUGUUGAGGAUCAGUGUCGAGGAAGUAAUUUUGCCUACCUUCACCACCUGGGGGUGGCCCCUCAGGAAUUCCAGGACCCGUCAGGAUGUACAGGACACAGUUGCAUAGGGAGGAGUUCAGACCCAGGGCUGUGAGCUUUGUAAUGAGCUUAUAGGGCACUAUGGUAUUGAAGGCCGAGCUGUAGUCGAUGAACAGCAUCCUCACAUAUGCAUUCCUUUUGUCCAGGUGGGUAAGGGCAGUGUGCAGUGCAAUGGCGAUUGCAUCAUCCGUGGAUCUGUCAGGGCGGUAGGCGAAUUGGAGAGGGUUGAGUGUGUUGGGGAGGGAGGAGGUGAUGUGGUCUUUGACUAGCCUCUCGAAGCACUUCAUGAUGAUGGAAGCACUUCGUGAUGACGCACGUGCAUGCAAAUUAACGCUAACACAUGCACACGUCUCAGCUUGUACCAGUUUGAUGCCCCUUCAUGCAGGAGAACCCCUAUGUGAUGCUGAGGCCCAACCACCAGGCCCUGGAGGGCAACGAGCGCUACGAAGGAUUUUGUGUGGACAUGCUGCAAGAGCUGGCCGAGCUGCUGCACUUCAGCUACCGUCUGCGGCUGGUGGCAGAUGGCGUGUACGGCGUGCCCGGCGCCAACGGCACCUGGACGGGCAUGGUGGGCGAGCUCAUCUCCAGGGUGAGCACUGAGUGAGUGAGUGCUGCUGAGUGUGAGUGUGGCCAAAAAUCAUCUCCCUCUCUAUUGCCCUAUGUUUGUAUAGUUAGGGUAUGGUGAUGUCUUGGUGUCACAGGUACUGCAGUCACAAGUUAUACCACCUGUAGGUAGGAGGAGAUAAAUGGUGUAAAUACCCUGUUGUAGCGCUAUUGUUUCAUACCCAGCCAUCACCUGUGUCUCAAGAUGUCUCAAGACAUGGUGAUGGCUAGGUAUGUUAUUGCUGAUUACACAAGAUAUGUUUACUUCUCAUCCUCCUGAAAUAGUCAUUGGAAUGGGAUUGUCCUUCAAAGGUAACAUUCCAGAUAACAGAUAAUGAACAUAAACGCAUGUAUUAGGAUCCAAACUAGAUAGAUUAGGAUCCAAACACGAUAUCUUGCUUUUUAAUUUAAUCUGAAUGAAGAAUCAAGAUAUCGUCAAUUAGCUGUUGCAGUACAGUGCCUUUGACUUAUUCCAUAUGUUUUUCAGAAAGAUUGUAACUUCCAUCAAUGUAUUUGUCUGCAUCACUUCCAAUCCCCCAUAUGUUUUUUUUUUAUCGCAAAUAUACAGUGAGGGAGAAAAGUAUUUGAUCCCCUGCUGAUUUUGUACGUUUGCCCACUGACAAAGACAUGAUCAGUCUAUAAUUUUAAUGGUAGUUUUAUUUGAACAGUGAGAGACAGAAUAACAACAAAUAAAUCCAGAAAAAUAUAUGUCAAAAAUGUUAUAAAUUGAUUUGCAUUUUAAUGAGGGAAAUAAGUAUUUGACCCCUCUGCAAAACAUGACUUAGUACUUGGUGGCAAAACCCUUGUUGGCAAUCACAGAGGUCAGACGUUUCUUGUAGUUGGCCACCAGGUUUGCACACAUCUCAGGAGGGAUUUUGUCCCACUCCUCUUUGCAGAUCUUCUCCAAGUCAUUAAGGUUUCGAGGUUGACGUUUGGCAACUCGAAUCUUCAGCUCCCUCCACAGAUUUUCUAUGGGAUUAAGGUCUGGAGAUUGGCUAGGCCACUCCAGGACCUUAAUGUGCUUCUUCUUGAGCCACUCUUUUGUUGCCUUGGCCGUGUGUUUUGGGUCAUUGUCAUGCUGGAAUACCCAUCCACGACCCAUUUUCAAUGCCCUGGCUGAGGGAAGGAGGUUCUCACCCAAGAUUUGACGGUACAUGGCCCCGUCCAUCGUUCCUUUAAUGCCGUGAAGUUGUCCCGUCCCCUUAGCAGAAAAACACCCCCAAAGCAUAAUGUUUCCACCUCCAUGUUUGACGGUGAGGAUGGUGUUCUUGGGGUCAUAGGCAGCAUUCCUCCUCCUCCAAACACGGCGAGUUGAGUUGAUUCCAAAAGCUCCAUUUUGGUCUCAUCUGACCACAACACUUUCACCCAGUUCUCCUCUAAAUCAUUCAGAUGUUCAUUGGCAAACUUCAGAUGGCCCUGUAUAUGUGCUUUCUUGAGCAGGGGGACCUUGCGGGCGCUGCAGGAUUUCAGUCCUUCACGGCGUAGUGUGUUACCAAUUGUUUUCUUGGUGACUAUGGUCCCAGCUGCCUUGAGAUCCCGUGUAGUUCUGGGAUGAUUCCACACCGUUCUCAUGUCAGUGGGCAAACGUACAAAAUCAGCAGGGGAUCAAAUACUUUUUUCCCUCACUGUGUGAGUGGCGCAGUGGUCUAAGGCACUGCAUCGCAGUGCUAGCUGUGCCACUAGAUAUCCUGGUUCGAAUCCAGGCUCUGUCGUAGCCGGCCGCGACCGGGAGACCCAUGGGGCGGCGCACAAUUGGCCCAGCGUCGUCCAGGGUAGGGGAGGGAAUGGCCGGCAGGGAUGUAGCUCAGUUGGUAGAGGAUGGCGUUUGCAACGCCAGGGUUGUGGGUUUGAUUCCCACGGGGGGCCAGUAUGAAAAAAAAAUACUAAAAAUAAUGUAUGCACUCACUAACUGUAAGUCGCUCUGGAUAAGAGCGUCUGCUAAAUGACUAGAAUGUAAAUGUAAAUAUAUAUAUUACACAUUUCCUUUUUUAAAAUAUGUUUCCCUUUAUUACUUUCCAACCCCACCACCCCUUCCCUAAUUGGAGUAAACUAGUGAACAACAAUGCUUAGGCCUCUACUUCCAGCUUAUACGUACUAUAUACAUUUUAUGGACACAGUCAAUUUUUCAAUAAUUCUAUUUUGUUUGUUUUUACUCCUGAACUUCCUCUACCCUCAACCUCUCCGAUCAUUUUCAUGAUGUCCAUCCGGUUUGCUUCUAUAUGCCAUAUCUUUCUAACUGUGCUCUUUCACAAAAGCUCUCAACCUAUAACCUAUAUACUUAUUAUGGACACAGUAUGCUUACAUUAUUAGUUAUCUUGUUGUUAAAGUCCCAUCCUUCAACUCCAUUCAACACCACCAUCUAUGUCUUAACACCAUCCAUAUUGGAUUUCUAUAUGCCAUAUAUUUUUCAACUAUACUGUAAUGUUUUACAAAAGUUCUGAACCUUUCUAUUCUCAUUCUUUCUACAGAUUGUAAAUUGAAAAUAAACAUUUUUGCUAAAAGUAUUAUUAUAUUAUUGAUCGAUUGACUAUGACUUUUCAGAUCACCCAGUAAUGCUAUCUGCAGGGUUAGCUCCAGGUAAACAUUGCAAUCCUUUAGCCAUUCCUGGACCUGUGUCCAAAAACAAGCUACAAAUGGACAGUACCAAAACAAAUGAUCUAAUGAUUCUGUCUCUUCGCAGCAAAAUCUGCAGAGCUGGGAAGAUUGUAUCCCCCAUAUAAAUAACAUUCUAUUGGUAGCAAGAAUUCUAUAUAAUAAUUUAAAUUGAAAAAUUCAAAGUUUUGAAUCCGGCGUCGUUUUGCGUAUCAGUUCAUAAACAUUAUGCCAUGGGAUCGUUACGUCAUAUCUCAGACUGCCCAUCUUAAUCUUUUAUUUUUAUUGGCCAGUCUGAGAUAUGGCUUUUUCUUUGCAACUCUGCCUAGAAGGUCAGCAUCCCGGAGUCACCUCUUCACUGUUGACGUUGAGACUGGUGUUUUGCGGGUACUAUUUAAUGAAGCUGCCAGUUGAGGACCUGUGAGGCAUCUGUUUCUCAAACUAGACACCCUAAUGUAUUUGUCCUCUUGCUCAGUUGUGCACCGGGGCCUCCCACUCCUCUUUCUAUUCUGGUUAGAGACAGUUUGCGCUGUUCUGUGAAGAGAGUAGUACACAGCGUUGUAUGAGAUCUUCAGUUUCUUGGCAAUUUCUCGCAUAGAAUAGCCUUCAUUUCUCAGAACAAGAAUAGACUGACGAGUUUCAGAAGAAAGUUCUUUGUUUCUGGCCAUUUUGAGCCUGUAAUCGAACCCACAAUUGCUGAUGCUCCAGAUACUCAACUAGUCUCAAGAAGGCCAGUUUUAUUGCUUCUUUAAUCAGCACAACAGUUUUCAGCUGUGCUAACAUAAUUGCAAAAGGGUUUUCUAAGGAUCAAUUAGCCUUUUAAAAUGAUAAACUUGGAUUAGCAAACACAACGUGCCAUUGGAGCACAGAACUGAUGGUUGCUGAUAAUGGGCCUCUGUACGCCUAUGUAGAUAUUCCAUUAAAAAUCAGCCGUUUCCAGCUACAAUAGCCAUUUACAACAUUAACAAUGUCUACACUGUAUUUCUGAUCAAUUUGAUGUUAUUUUAAUGGACAAAGAAAUUGCUUUUCUUUUGAAAACAAGGACAUUUCUAAGUUACCCCAAACUUUUGAAUGGUAGUGUAUAUCUGGGGAAGGGUAUAAAACAAUUUCUAGAGUGUUAAAAGUUUCCAAGAGCUCAGUGGUCUCGAUCAUUGGGAAAUUGAAAAAAUAUGGAACUACCCAGACUCUGUCUAGAGCUGGCUGUCCGACCAAACUGAGCAACCAGGCAAGAAGGACCUUGGUCAGGGAGGUGACCAAGAACCAAAUGACCACUCUGGCAGAGCUACAGAGUUCCUUGGCUGAGAUGGGAGAACCUGCAAGAAGGACAACAGUCUCUACAGCACUUCACCAAUCUGGGCUUUAUGAGAAAAAGGCACAUGACAGCACGCCUGGAGUUUGCAAAAAGGCACGUGAAAGACUGAGAUCAUAAGGCAAAAUAUUAUGUGGUCUGAUGAGACAGAAAUUUAACUCUUUGGCCUGAAUGCAAAGCGUUAUGUCUAGAGAGAACCAGGCACAGCUCAUCACCCAUCUAACACCAUCCAUACCGUGAAGCAUGGUUGUGGCAGCAUCAUGCUAUGGGGAUGCCUUUCGGCAGCAUGGACUGGGAGACUGGUAAGGAUAGAGGGAACAAUGAAUGGAGCCAAAUACAGGCAAAUCUUCAUUGAGAACCUGCUUCAGAGUGCAAAUUAUAUGCAUUCCAACAGGACAAUGACCCCAAGCAUACAGCCAAAGCAAUGCUGGAAUGGCUUCAGAACAAGGAUCUGAAAGCCCAGACUUGAAUUCCCAUUGAAAAUCUGUGGAAAGACUUGAAGAUUGCUGUUCACCGCUGCUCCCCAUCUAACUUAACAGAGCUUGAGAAAAUCUGCAAGGAAGAAUGGGAGAAAAUCCCCAAAGCUGAUACAGACAUACCCAAGACGGCUCAAAGCUGUAAUUGCCACCAAAGGUGCUUCUACAAAGUAUUGACUCAGGGGUGUGAAUACUUAUGUAAAUUCGAUAUUUCUGUAUUUCAUUUUCAAUAAAUUUGUUAAAAUUUCUAAAAACAUGUUUUCACUUUGUCAUUAUAGGGUAUUGUGUGUAGGUGGGUGAAUAAAACACAAAUUUAAUUCAUUUUGAAUUAAGGCUGUAAUAAGUCAAGGGGUAUGAAUAAUUUCUGAAGGCACUGUAUAUAUUACAGUAUAUAGGUGAUACCGUCCACCGCUCCUUCCAAUUUUUGUUGAGAAAUUCAAUUUUGGAGGGAAAUUUCAGAGUUGAGUGAAAAUUCAGAGUUGAGGAGGUGACGGAGGAUGAAGAAGAGAAGGACGGGGACGUCAGGAGGAGUUUGUUCUCUCUCUGUCCUCUGCCUCAAUCGCUCCACUUUAUGGCCCAGGUCUCUGUAAUAUCGCUGUAGCCUUUAUGGACACGUCCUUUACUGAGCAGACCUGGGUUCAAAUACUAUUUGAAAUAAUUUCAAAUGCUUUAUCUGUGCUUGAUUGAGUUUGCCUGGUGCAAUGGAACCAAUAGAAUAUCCCAAAACUGUAAACCCUGCCCAUCUGUCACUAGGCAGGCUAGAGCAAACUCUCAAAGUAUAUGAAAGAUUUCAAAUGGUAUUUGAACCCAGGUCUGAUACUAAGAUCUCUUAUGGGGGUCACUGCUGUGCCCUUUCAUUUGCUGCCCACUGCACUGUGAUGUGUGUUCUGUCAACUGGGAUCCAUUCCAAAGGGAGGCCAUAGGAAUGUUUGCUGCCCCAUGGAAAAACUCCACUAGGGUAACAGUAUGGCUAUGUCCAAAAUGGCACCCUAUUCCCUAUAUAGUGCACUACUUUUGACCAGGGACCUAUGGGGCCCUGGUCAAAAGUACUGCACUAUAUAGGGAAUAGGGUGCCAUUUUGGACACAACCUAUGUAUAUACUGUAUGUGUUCUAUUUGGCACUUGUAUAAUGCUGCCACGGGAAUGUAAUGGAUGGUCAUGGUGGUUAUGAUGAUGAACCUGAUAAUUGCGUUGGCUUUAUUUAUUUGAAUGGUUUUAAGGAUGAGCCAAGGAAACUUCGUUUGUAGUCCCGUGUAGCUCAGUUGGUAGAGCAUGGCGUUUGCAACGCCAGGGUUGUGGGUUCGAUUCCCACGGGGGGCCAGUAUGAAAAAUGUAUGCACUCACUAACUGUAAGUCGCUCUGGAUAAGAGUGUCUGCUAAAUGAGUAAAAUGUAAAAAUGUAAAACCUUCUCUCAAAUUAGGUGCAUCGAUGAAUGGGUUGUUUAAAUAAGAUUUUGACGUCAGUCCAGGUGUCAGUAGAAUAUUUUUGAAAUGUUUUGAAAUAUAAACCAUGGCUCAAGGUCCACUACACUGCUGGGUUGUGUUUAUUAGAGCAUGCAACAGAAAAUAAAAAUUAGCGUUUCUUAUUGGACAAUUAGAGGUAGUCCCUCCCUGUUUUAGUCCAUUUUCUUCCAUUUGAUGCCGAAUGAACAUAACCCUGGUUUUCAUCUGUCCCCUGUAAUCAGGGACUAAUUCAGAAUUUGGUCACCAAAUGAAUGAAUUCUCUGGCCAAUUAAUGACAUAAAUCAACGGCUCUACUUAGAUUCUUGAGGCCUGGAUUUUGAAUAACCUUCUACACACAUUUAGCAGACACUUUUAUCCAAAGCGACUUACGGUGGUGCAUGCUUAAUUUUUCUGUGUGGGUCGCCCCAGCAGGAAUCGAACCCACAAUCCUGACGUUUCAUGUGCCAUGCUCUACUAACUGAGCCACACAAGACCAGUUUGCCAUAUUUACCUGUCGCUAACAGUAGGCUAACUGCAGUAGGCUAACUGUUAUCUCUUCCAGAAAGCUGACCUGGCUGUAGCGGGGCUCACCAUCACCUCAGAGAGAGAGAAGGUCAUUGACUUCUCCAAACCCUUCAUGACCCUGGGCAUCAGCAUCAUGUACACAGCACACAUGGUGAGACACACACACACACGCAUGCACACACACACAUACACACACACAACCAUGCAUAGAGAACCUGUUAAACAAUGGUAACCAACUUUAGUCCAGGAGGAAAUAUAGGAUGAAGUUGCCCCUAGACUCUGAUCUUGGGUCAGUUUCGCAUUUGGGGGAUGCCAAGCUGAUCCUAGAUCUGAUCCAGAUCAGUGGUUCUCAAACUGUUCGCCAAACAAUUUGCUAUGAGACUCGAAAUUGAGCUCAGGUGCAUUCUGUUUCCAUUGAUCAUCCUUGAGAUGUUUCUACAACUUGAUUAGAGUCCUAAAUAACGUCCCACAGUUAAAAGUGCAUGUCAGAGCAAAAACCAAGCCAUGAGGACGAAGGAAUUGUCCGUUGAGCUCCGAGACAGGAUUGUGUCGAGGCACAGAUCUGGGGAAGGGUACCAAAAAAUGUCUGCAGCAUUGAAGGUCCCCAAGAACACAGUGGCCUCCAUCAUUCUUAAAUGGAAGAAGUUUGGAACCACCAAGACUCUUCCUAGAGCUGGCCACUCGGCCAAACUGAGCAAUCGGGGGAGAAGGGCCUUGGUCUGGGAGGUGACCAAGAAUCUGAUGGUCACUCUGACAGCGCUCCAGAGUUCCUCUGUGGAGAUGGGAGAACCUUCCAGUAGGACAACCAUCUCUGCAGCACUUCACCAAUCAGGCCUUUAUGGUAGAGUGGCCAGACGAAAGCACUCCUCAGUAAAAGGCACAUGACAGCCCGCUUGGAGUUUGCCAAAAGGCACCUAAAGGACUCUGACCAUGAGAAACAAGAUUCUCUGGUCUGAUGAAACCAAGAUUGAACUCUUUGGCCUGAAUGCCAAGCGUCACGUCUGGAGGAAACCUGGCACCAUCCCUACAGUGAAGCAUGGAGGUGGCAGCAACAUGCUGUGGGGAUGUUUUUCAGUGGCAGGGAGACUAGUCAGGGUCGAGGGAAAGAUGAACGGAGCAAAGUACAGAGAGAGAACCUCCUCCACAGUUUGUCUUGAACAGUGCUUGUGCCCAAAGAAAUAGAUGUGGCGAGGGAUGUUCCCCAAUGCUGGAAGGGGGACCCCGAGUGAAAAGUUAUAUAUACUGUAUAGGCAACUUCUACCCGGAGCAUCCUGGAGAGCUACAGGUAGUGCAGCCUUUUCUUCUAGCCUAGUGCUAACACACCAGAUUUGAAUCAUCAACUAAUUCUCAAGACCUUGAUCGGGUGAAUCCAGUGUGUGAGUGCUGAGGUGGAACACAACCCUGCACACCCUGAAGCUCUCCAGGACCAGGGUUGGUGACAACUGGGCUCCCCAGGACCAGGGUUGGUGGCAUCUGUUGUAAGAGAUGCUAGAUCAUAACAGACAGAUUCAUGAAUUGAAUAUAUGACUAUGCUGAAACCUCGUGAGUGUACCCCAAUUCAUUGUUUCUCAUCAACCACAUCAAUGAGUGAAUAGCACUUUCCUGGCAACUACUGAAUCUCCAUGGUAUUGCUUUAUAGCCUGGUGGAUCCAGAAUUAACACUACUUUCAUUAUUUGUUUCACUCCGCUUAUCAGUCUGGCUUCAAACCAAUAGAUGGGCGAAGUGAAAACACAGUGAACGUUGGUAGUGUCUAAGCUAAAUUCUUUAUGCUCUUGCUUCUUUAGACCCGUCGACCAGGCUACUGGUCCUUCCUAAACCCCUUCUCUCCAGGCGUAUGGCUUUUCAUGCUGCUGGCCUACCUGAUUGUCAGCUGUGUGCUCUUCCUAGUGGCCAGGUAAGUGUGCAGCUCAACACUGACACCUACAGAUGAGGUCAUACAGUGCAUUCAAAGUAUUCAGACCCCUUGACUUUUUCCACGUUACAGCCUUAUUCUAAAAUGUAUAAAAUAAAAUCCUUAUCAAUCUACACACAAUGCCCCAUAAUGACAAAGCGAAAAAAGGUUUUUAGAAAUUUUUGCAAAUGUAUUACAAAUUAAAAAACAGAAAUACCAUAUUUACAUAAGUAAAUAAGUAUUCAGACCCUUUGCUAUGAGACUCGAAAUUGAGCUCAAGUGCAUUCUGUUUCGAUUGAUCAUCCUUGAGAUGUUUCUACAACUUCAUUGGAGUCCACCUGCGGUAAAUUCAAUUGAUUGGACAUGAUUUGGAAAGGCACACACCUGUCUAUAUAAGGACUCACAGUUGACAGUGCAUGUCAGAGCAAAAACCAAGCCAUGAGGUCGAAGGAAUUGUCCGUAGAGCUCCGAGACAGGAUUGUGUCGAGCCACAGAUCUGGGUAAGGGUACCCAAACAUUUCUGCAGCAUUGAAGGUCCCCAAGAACACAGUGGCCUCCAUCAUUCUUAAAUGGAAGAAGUUUGGAACCACCAAGACUCUUCCUAGAGCUGGCCGCCCGGCCAAACUGAGCAAUCGUGGGAGAAGGGCCUUGGUCAGGGAGGUGACCAAGAACGAGAUGGUUGCUCUGACAGAGCUCCAGAGUUCCUCUGUGGAGAUGGGAGAACCUUCCAGAAGGACAACCAUCUCUGCAGCACUCCACCAAUCAGACCGUUAUGGUAGUGGCCAGACAGAAGCACCUCCUCAGUAAAAGGCACAUGACAGCCCGCUUGGAAUUUGCCAAAACACACCUAAAGGACUCUCAGACCAUGAGAAACAAGAUUCUCUGGUCUGAUGAAACCAAGAUUGAACUCUUUGGCCUAAAUGCCAAGCAUCACGUCUGGAGGAGACCUGGCACCAUCCCUACAGUGAAGCGUGGUGGUAGCAUCAUGCUGUGGGGAUGUUUUUCAGCUGCAGGGACUGGGAGACUAGUCAGGAUCGAGGGAAAGAUGAGCAGAGCAAAGUACAGAGAGAUCCUUGAUGAAAGCCUGAUCCAGAGCGCUCAGGACCUCAGACUAGGAUGAAGGUGAAUCUUUAAACAGGACAACAACCCUAAGCACACAGCCAAGACAACGCAGGAGUGGCUUCGGGACAAGUCUCUGAAUGUCCUUGUGUGGCCCAGCCAGAACCCGGACUUGAACCAAAUCGAACAUCUUGAGAGGAUCUGCAGAGAAGAAUGGGAGAAACUCCCCAAAUACAGGUGUGCCAAGCUUGUAGCAUCAUAUCCAAGACGACUUGAGGCUGUAAUCGCUGCAACAAAGUACUGAGUAAAGGGUCUGAAUAUUUAUUAUUUUUAAUACAUUUGAAAACAUUUCUAAAAACCUGUUUUUGCUUUGUCAUUAUGAAGUAUUUUGAUGAGGGGAAAAAAAUGAUUUAAUCAAUGUUAGAAUAAGGCUGUUACGUAACAAAAUGUGGAAAAAGUCAAGGGGUCUGAAUACUUUCCGAAUGCACUGUAUAUACUGGCACCCUUGCAUGAUUCACUAUUUCUUCUAAAAUAGAUUGAAAUUGAAAAAACUUUGGGUGUUUACACGUGUAUUUGUUUGUUUCACAACUACGCAGGACACACACAAAAUUAAUCUAUAUUGAAAUUUAGAUUUUUCACUUCAAAGUCAAAUGGCCUGGACUAAAUUAUUCAACAUUUUAAUUAACUUGGUUAGAGGCAAUGAUUCUCGUUUACUCUGUAAUUUAUCUCAACUGUGGUAAAUAACAGGUGCCUACAGGGUAAAAAUAGCUAUUCAACCAGUUUUUAAAAAAAUAAUUAAAAGAACAUUCUGCACCAUUCCACUCCAUUGUAAAGUGCAAGGGUGCCAAUAUAUUUGACCACAUCUGUACUUGCAGUGCUGUGGAAGUGCAACAAGCGUUCUAUUAUGAAACUGCUGUCCACUUUCCACUCAAUUUUUCCUCAUCACAUUUUGCGACCUGUCUGGUAGGCACAAAAGGGAGGAAAUAAUUUGAAAAUGGCAAAUUAAAAUUAGCACACUUAUUGGUCAAGUUCAGGUUGCAGUUUACCUCCCGUUUUUAAAUAUUUUCCUUCUAUUGUGUGCCUAUUCAACACGAUCCUAGAUGUAGGCUUUAAUUUUCCGUAUAAUGACAACCCGUUUUAUAUUCCCCAGGCUAACGCCGUAUGAGUGGUGUAGUACUGAGCCAUGCUUGCGGGGGCGCUGUAAGCUGGUGCUGAACCAGUACACUCUGGGAAACAGUCUGUGGUUCCCUGUAGGGGGGUUCAUGCAGCAAGGCUCAGCCAUCACCCCCCAUGCCCUGUCCACACGCUGCCUCAGCGCUGUCUGGUGAGUAGACCACAAGAAACCCCUACAUAGGGAUUGACCCAUAGGCACGCAAAUACACACACAGACGUUUAACAUUUGCCAACGCAAAAAUAACCAUUUGCCAUUCACAUUAACUCACUAACAUUGAUACACACACACACACACAGGUAUUGAUGCACUCCAUGCUUAACACACUGUAUGAACCAAUUUGACUGUCUCGCGCUAAGCAAGUAAAUGGGUCUUGCACUUAACGGGGAGCCUUCCUGUGUACUAAGAACAGCUUGUGCUGUUCCUUCCUGCUGCAGGUGGUUCUUCACCCUGAUCAUAGUGUCCUCCUACACAGCCAACCUGGCUGCCUUCCUCACCGUUCAGAGGAUGGAGGUGCCCAUCGAGUCUGUGGAUGACCUGGCAGACCAGACCAUCAUAGAGUAUGGCACCAUGCAGGGAGGCUCCACCAUGACCUUCUUCCAGGUAGAGAGAGAGAGAGAGUGUGCGUGAGAUUGAGAGAUUGUGUGUGAGAUGGAGGGAGAGAGCGUGUGAGAUGGAGGGAGAGAGCGUGUGAGAUGGAGGGAGAGAGCGUGUGAGAUGGAGGGAGAGAGCGUGUGAGAUGGAGGGAGAGAGCGUGUGAGAUGGAGGGAGAGAGCGUGUGAGGGCAAGAGUGAGAGAGAAAGGAGUCAUAAUGCUUGCCAUCUCACAGUUUCCCAGCAGACACAACUGCUUGAAAUUACAUCACAGUAACGUUGUUUCAACCAGUUUUCCCUCUGGGCACACUGAUUUUUUUACAGACUUGUCUUUAUCUCUCUUGCUUGCCCACAGAACUCACAGUACCAGACCUACCAGCGCAUGUGGAACUUCAUGCAUGCCAAGCAAACCAGUGUGUUUGUGAAGAGCACGGAGGAAGGCAUCGACCGGGUGCUCAACUCCAACUACGCCUACCUGUUGGAGAGCACCAUGAACGAGUACUACCGCCAGCGCAACUGUAACCUCACACAGAUAGGAGGACUGCUGGACACCAAGGGCUACGGCAUCGGCAUGCCACUGGGUAAGACCUGUUCAGAAGUGCACAAUGUAUCUUUUAAUCGGACUCUCUUAAAAUGGUUUCAAUCUUUGAACCUUCUGGAUCGUCCAGUGUUUGCUGCAUAGAGAGAAUAAAGUGUCGUAUCUGCAAAUACAAAGAACUGAGAGGCUGGGAUUCCAUACUUCUUCUGUAGUUGGUCAAACGAGAGCAGUGACCCCUUGUCAUAAAGAUAUGAAAAAUAAAUGAUUCCCUUUUCUGCCCAAGACUUCAAUAUGCUGUCUUUGAAGGGAGAGGUGGAUUAUUGCAAAUGUGUUUACAGUGAGGGAAAAAGUAUUUGAUCCCUUGCUGAUUUUGUACAUUUGCCCACUGACAAAGAAAUGAUCAGUCUAUAAUUUUAAUGGUAGGUUUAUUUGAACAGUCAGAGACAGAAUAACAACAAAAAUAUCCAGAAAAACGCAUGUCAAAAUGUUAUAAAUUGAUUUGCAUUUUAAUGAGGGAAAUAAGUAUUUGACCCCCUCUCAAUCAGAAAGAUUUCUGGCUCCCAGGUGUCUUUUAUACAGGUAACGAGCUGAGAUCAGGAGCACACUCUUAAAGGGAGUGCUCCUAAUCUCAGCUUGUUACCUGUAUAAAAGACACCUGUCCACAGAAGCAAUCAAUCAGAUUCCAAACUCUCUACCAUGGCCAAGACCAAAGAGCUCUCCAAGGAUGUCAGGGACAAGAUUGUAGACCUACACAAGGCUGGAAUGGGCUACAAGACCAUCGCCAAGCAGCUUGGUGAGAAGGUGACAACAGUUGGUGCAAUUAUUCGCAAAUGGAAGAAACACAAAAGAACUGUCAAUCUCCCUCGGCCUGGGGCUCCAUGCAAGAUCUCACCUUGUGGAGUUCAUGAGAACGGUGAGGAAUCAGCCCAGAACUACACGGGAGGAUCUUGUUAAUGAUCUCAAGGCACCUGGGACCAUAGUCACCAAGAAAACAAUUGGUAACACACUACGCCGUGAAGGACUGAAAUCCUGCAGCACCCGCAAGGUCCCCCUGCUCAAGAAAGCACAUACACAGGGCCGUCUGAAGUUUGCCAAUGAACAUCUGAAUGAUUCAGAGGAGAACUGGGUGAAAGUUUUGUGGUCAGAUGAGACCAAAAUCGAGCUCUUUGGUAUCAACUCAACUCGUCGUGUUUGGAGGAGGAGGAAUGCUGCCUAUGACCCCAAGAACACCAUCCCCACCGUCAAACAUGGAGGUGGAAACAUUAUGGUUUGGGGGUGUUUUUCUGCUAAGGGGACAGGACAACUUCACCGCAUCAAAGGGACGAUGGACGAGGCCAUGUACCGUCAAAUCUUCCCUCAGCCAGGGCACUGAAAAUGGGUCGUGGAUGGGUAUUCCAGCAUGACAAUGACCCAAAACACACAGCCAAGUCAACAAAGGAGUGGCUCAAGAAGAGGCACAUUAAGGUCCUGGAGUGGUCUAGCCAGUCUCCAGACCUUAAUCCCAUAGAAAAUCUGUGGAGGGAGGUGAAGGUUUGAGUUGCCAAACGUCAGCCUCGAAACCUUAAUGACUUGGAGAAGAUCUGCAAAGAGGAGUGGAACAAAAUCCCUCCUGAGAUGUGUGCAAACCUGGUGGCCAACUACAAGAAACGUCUGACCUCUGUGAUUGCCAACAAGGGUUUUGCCACCAAGUACUAAGUCAUGUUUUGAAGAGGGGUCAAAUACUUAUUUCCCUCAUUAAAAUGCUAAUCAAUUUAUAACAUUUUUGACAUGCGUUUUUCUGGAUUUUUUGUUGUUGUUAUACUGUCUCUCACUGUUCAAAUAAACCUACCAUUAAAAUUAUAGACUGAUCAUGUCUUUGUCAGUGGGCAAACGUACAAAAUCAGCAGGGGAUCAAAUACUUUUUUCUCUCACUGUAUAAGGGGAUAGAGGCUUAUUCCAUUUCAUAAAUCUGUGCAGUUUCUCAUUUUCUUAUUGAGUCUAUUAUAAUACAAUAAUCAGACACCGGUUGUGUAGCUUUUUGAGACAGAAAACAUCUGAAAGUUGGCUUUAGUGUUCUUAUUGGAGAAGUUCAGAUAGUACCUCCUUUGUUUCAAAAUGUUUCUCCUGUUUUGUGCCCACUGAACACAACCCUGAGGAUAGAAUGUCUAGAAUUAGGUGAUCCGAAGUCACUUACAUUUGAUUGCAAGGUUUAUUCGUAGUUUAGAGUAAACUGUAUUGUAUUGUAAACUGUACUGUAUUGUAAACUGUAUUGUAAACUGUACUGAACUGUAAACUGUAUUCUAUGUUAUCAGGCUCAGUGUACCGGGACGAGAUCGACCUGGCCGUACUCAAACUCCAAGAGGACAACAGGCUGGAGAUCCUUAAGCGGAAGUGGUGGCAGGGAGACAAGUGUUCCAAAGAGGAGGACCAUCGAGCACAGGGUACACUUUCAUACACUACCUUAACUACUGUCCAUAGACAGGAAAAUAUACAGUAUCAGUGCAACUUGUCUCUAAACUGAAGUUAUAGAACUGCUGGAAUUGGAACCACAAUCUGCUGACUCAAAGUCAAGUAUAUAUUUUUGUUUAUCACAAGUUAUUUAUCAUAGCACACAACAGAAGACGACACUGUGGGGAAAAUCUCCCAGCAUUCAACAACUAUAUUAUUUAUACAGCAAUGCAACAUCAAUGGUGAUGCACAGAGUAAGGCUGGGAUUCAAUCUGAUCGUGGGUUAUAGGCAUUGCAGCUUUUAAAGGCCAUGUUCCUGCGUCUGUGGAGAUCCCAUUCACGGUAAACGCUGCGUAUGUUGGCUCAAUUGGAAAUUGCCUUCAAAAGCCGCAAUGCCUUUAACCCAGUGGUCAUAUGGUGAUAAACUUCCCUAAGACCUCUAUGUUUCUCUUUCUCUCUGGGGUAGGUCUGGGCAUGGAGAAUAUAGGUGGGGUCUUUGUUGUCCUGUUGUCUGGUCUACUGCUGGCUGUGUUCAUGGCGGGGCUGGAGUUCGCCUGGGUGCAGCAACAUUCGCCGAGGUCAGAGGUAAGGGGUCAUCUGUAGCUGCUCUCCCAACUUAGUAGCCAGCUGCCCUCUUAGGGUCAAAUCAUAACUUCCACUUAAGUCAAAAUCUUCACUCAGGCUGGGAUUCAACCCUAGGGGCGUUAUAGAGCAGCGCACUAUACAGCCAACAACGCGUCUUUUAAAGGCAUUUUCCCUGGCGUUCGCAGAGAUCGCAUUCAUGGUAAAAGCUGCGCAUGUCGGCUCAAAUGUAAAUGACCUUUAAAAGAUGGUGAAGGCUAGUCUUCCUGGGGUCCAACAUAACGAAAAAGACAUUACAGACAAAAAUACUUUACAAUUUGCAUACAUUUAUGCAUUUGUUCUUCAGUAUGUAAGGUUUCAUACCUGAUUGACAAUGCAACUUUACAUCUGAAGUUAAAUAAACAAAUUAGAACCUAGACCUCACGAAGAAUGUAAAGCGGAGGAAAAAAAGCUUUAACCCAAAGCACUGAAAACCAGCAAUCCUUCUCCUGUUUCAAAAGAUGACUGUGCCAAAGUUGGACUUAUUGUUGUACCCUUUCCAUUAUUUCCUAGUUCUCCAUGUGUACAGAGAUGCUGAGGGCUCUCCAUGGGAUCCUGCUGUGCGAGGAGAGUAUGGCACUGCAUGUUUUAGGAGGCCCAGGGACAUUACUACAGACACACACUCCACUCCCAGAGGAGCGUGGCGGGCCCAGGACAGCCACUUGCACCCUCAGUAAUGGCAUGGUGUGCAGGAUGGACAACAGUAGCAGCGGUCCUAUGGAGUCACUGUCUCAUAGACUGGCACAGGAAGUCAUUUUGGGUCCACGGGGCUGCACUCACGUCCGCAUCUGCCCAGAGUGCAGGGGAUAUAAAGGACUGCGGGUGCAAACACUGCCGCCCAGAGAACACUCACCAGACCUCAGAGAGGAGAAUGUUUAGUGCAGCGUUGCCCAACUGGCGGUCCUCGGAUGAUUUUAUUUGGCCCUGAAGUUUCUGAGCAAAAAUACAUGUAUUAUUUAUUGUUGGACAUAAGACUGAAAACACCAGCAAAUCAGCUCCAAGUGAUUUUAAUGUUGGAAACCUGUUCCAAAGUAUUCCCACGCGUAAUAGCGAUAUGUGAUCAUAUACAAAUGUAAAAGCACGGUUUGAAAUGAUGUUUGAGUCAAAUAUAUUUGUUUGGGCUUCUUGCAGUUUACAAAUGAUUUGUAAUUAUGUUCUGGCCCCCUGACCAUCCGCUCAACAUAAAAUCAGCCCAUGGCUGAAUCUAGUUGAUGAUCCCUGGUUUAGUGAUCCCUGACCACUGAGGUGUAUAUGUUUGAACUAGAGACAGCGUCCAUUGUUUUAAAUAUAAUCUACUCACGUUCACAUAUGCCGUUUCGUGAUUGUCUAGAUCGGGUUUUAUAGAGCCAAUUACGCCUGCGCAUUAGCACUGUGCGCACUGGAGCAGUGACGAUGUCAUCACGUCAUCCAGAAACAGACAGUGGAUGACUAUAAAAUGAGUCUUUGGCUGUGAUUGAUAAAAUAAAAUAAAUACCUUCAUAAUUUAAUGGAUGUUUUGUGUACAACGGUGAUGACUAAAGUGUCUUACUUGCAAUUUUCAAAUUUGACUUCUCCACGGCUCUUUUUGGACUUGACUUCAGCUAAACUGCAAUACCGAAUGUGUCCUCUGGGUUCAGUGGAAAGCGUGCUUCCAGACUGGAACCCUGGGGCCUUAGUACUGACCCUGAGCCACUUGUCGGUCUUUGCACUUUAUUUCAUUAGAUGAGACAUCAGGUCUGAAAUUGACACACCUGCGUUUCGCCAUCCUCAAUCUUUGGGUUCAGGGGUUAUUAACCGCUCUGAAAUGAAGCCUCUGUCCUGGGGAGGAAAAAGCAUGACUGGUGGCCUGGUCAUACCAGUACGGCUGUACUUCAAAGACCCAGCUCCAACUAAUGGCUAAUGCCGCUCCCCACAUUGCACUACAUCUGUGAGAGACAAAGGAGUGUGGCUGUAGACCAGUUCAUGCUUUUAUUUGAAAACACGUGCCAAAAACAUUGGCCGGGAUUCAAAUCUGAAAAACAGGCUAUAUAUAGUGAGCUUGACAUUUAAAAGGUAAUUUACAAUUGAGCCCAGUUCAUUAUAUCCUGAAAUAAAGACUUUUCAUGGUUUCCAAACAAAUGUCAUGUUUGUUUUUUAACUACUCAAUCCAUUUGAUUCUGUAACAUUUCUCUGUGUACAAUGCAUACUAUAUUUACAAUCCAAAUCAAUGGUGUUCAUUCACUGUUGUUCAGGCGGUUUGGGUUUCUUUGUUCCCUCUGCACCCUGAUCCCUCUUUCUCUUUCGUCUGUUGGUCUGUCCCUCUUCCUCUCUGAACUGGUGCCUAGUAGAGCAAACAGAAAGUUAACUUCACACAAGAAAUACCCUAAUUUGCUAUCCACAAGCACUCCUUGGGUCUGAGAUUAUUUCACUUCCAUCCAUGCAAGUGCUAUGCAAAUUAAAACUCUGUAUAGUCCGUUUUUGCAGCUGGCUGCCGCAGGACAAGUACAUCACCUGGAUUGCCAGCGGCGUCCGCUGUUCCACACGCGGCCGAAAGAGGGCAGCCAGUUGGCGUCGGUCUGGGAGCUGUGGUCAAAGUUGGCCCCCACCCGGUUAGGGGGGAGUUUCUUCAGCUUCUCCUGCUCCUCUGUGUGGAGAGAGAUGGCAACGUGAGUGUCAGGGGUCGUAUUCAUUUGGCACCAAAUGGAAGAAAACACACUGAAAUAAAGAGGGACUACCUGGACUUGUCCAAUAAGAAAUGCUCAUUGUUAUUUUUCCAUUGCAAAACAUUCAGUCGAAUCUCCAGGGGCGUAUUCAUUUUGCCGAGUCUGUUGCAAAAUAUUUAAUAAACGGAAGCAAACGAAACGGGGAGGGAACUACCUGAAUUUAUUCUAUAGACUUGUUUUAGUUGCAAAUCAUUCCGUUUUGCAACUGUUUGGACUAAUAAUUACACCCCUGGGCCCGGUUUCCCAAAAGCAUCUUAAGGCCAAGUUCGUUAGAACCUUCACAGGAGCAUCGUUAUUCAUUUUGCACUUUAAAAUGCUCGUAAUCUAAUGCCUGCUAAGUGCGUCGUUAGAUGCUUUAUUUGCCCUCCCACGUCACUUUAUACACAGAUCUCCGCUAAACAUAGAACGACAUGGUUUACCGCUUUCUGUGACCACCGAUAACUUCAGAACAAAGUUGACUAUAAAUACAUUGCCAAUAUCUUUGCAAUUUUGAUACAAACAAGCGACAUAAAAGGAUACUUCAAAUGAAAAUCGAGAUGACUGCAUUAAAAUAAAUACAGUAGGCUAUAGGCCUAUUUCAAUCAUAUUGAAAUACAUUUCAUGUUCAAUAAAUUGAGUUAUAUUUUGCUACUUAUAGGCUACUGUCUAAUUUGUCUCAACAUAUUUCAUGGUGUAGCCUAAUAUGUGUGCAUCCAUUGUCAGUAUUGUGAAAUCAUUCUAACGUUAAAGGUAAGAUUUGAAUUGACAAAGCUGUUUCGAGAGCGGCACUGCCUUUCUUUCGAUCCCAUCAGUAUCGACACAUGCUCCAACGACGCACUUAGCGACUGUUCUCUCUGCAUGGUGUUUUGGGAAAAACAUGCUACAUCUUCGGCCGUUGUAGGAAAGAUGCAUUGUUAAAACACUCGUAAGCCUAAGUUCCAAUGCUAUCGGGAAUUCGGGCCCAGGUCUAUGCAUGCAUGAGAGCACCAGCUGUUCCGGAUGACUAUGUGAUCACGCUCUCUGUAGCCGAUGUGAGUAAGACUUUUAAGCAGGUCAACAUUCACAAGGCCGCAGGGCCAGACGGAUUACCAGGACGUGUACUCCGAGCAUGUGCUGACCAACUGGCAAGUGUCUUCACUGACAUUUUCAACAUGUCCCGGACUGAGUCUGUAAUACCAACAUGUUUCAAGCAGACCACCAUAGUCCCCGUGCCCAAGGACUCUAAGAUAACCUGCCUAAAUGACUACCGACCCGUAGCACUGACGUCUGUAGCCAUGAAGUGCUUUGAAAGGCUGGUCAUGGCUCACAUCAACAGCAUUAUCCCAGAACCCUAGACCCACUUCAAUUUGCAUACCGCCCCAACAGAUCCACAGAUGAUGCAAUCUCUAUUGCACUCCACACUGCCCUUUCCCACCUGGACAAGAGGAACACCUACGUGAGAAUGCUAUUCAUUGACUACAGCUCAGCAUUCAACACCAUAGUGCCCUCUAAGCUCAUCACUAAGCUAAGGAUCCUGGGACUAAACACCUUCCUCUGCAACUGGAUCCUGGACUUCCUGACGGGCCGCCCCCAGGUGGUAAGGGUAGGUAACAACACAUCUGCCACACUGAUCCUCAACACGGGGGCCCCUCAGGGGUGCGUGCUCAGUCCCCUCCUGUACUCUCUGUUCACCCAUGACUGCAUGGCCAGGCACGACUCCAACACCAUCAUUAAGUUUGCUGACGACACAACAGUGGUAGGCCUGAUCACCGACAACGAUGAGACAGCCUAUAGGGAGGAGGUCAGAGACCUGGCCGUGUGGUGCCAGGACAACAACCUCUCCCUCAAUGUGACCAAGACAAAGGAGAUGAUUGUGGACUACAGGAAAAAAAAGAGGACUGAGCACGCCCCCAUUCUCAUCGACGGGGCUGUAGUGGAACAGGUUGAGAGCUUCAAGUUCCUUGGUGUCCACAUCACCAACGAACUAUCAUGGUCCAAACACACCAAGACAGUCGUGAAGAGGGCACGACAAAGCCUAUUCCCCCUCAGGAGACUGAAAAGAUUUGGCAUGGGUCCUCAGAUCCUCAAAAAAUUAUACAGCUGCACCAUCGAGAGCAUCCUGACUGGUUGCAUCACCGCAUGGUAUGGCAACUGCUUGGCCUCCGACCGCAAGGCACUACAGAGGGUAGUGCGUACGGCCCAGUACAUCACUGGGGCCAAGCUUCCUGCCAUCCAGGACCUCUAUACCAGGCGGUGUCAGAGGAAGGCCCUCAAAAUUGUCAAAGACUCCAGCCACCCUAGUCAUAGACUGUUCUCUCUGCUACCGCACGGCAAGCGGUACCGGAGUGCCAAGUCUAGGUCCAAAAGACUUCUCAACAGCUUCUACCCCCAAGCCAUAAGACUCCUGAACAGCUAAUCAUGGCUACCCGGACUAUUUGCACUGCCCCCCCACCCCAUCCUUUUUACGCUGCUGCUACUCUGUUAAUUAUUCAUGCAUAGUCACUUUAACUCUACCCACAUGUACAUAUUACCUCAACUAGCCGGUGCCCCCGCACAUUGACUCUGCAACGGUACCCCCCUGUAUAUAUAGCCUCCCUACUGUCACUUUAUUUAACUUCUGCUCUUUUUUCUCUCAACACUUUUUUUGUUGUUUUAUUUUUACUUUUUUUGUAAAAAAUAAAUGCACUGUUGGUUAAGGGCUGUAAGUAAGCAUUUCACUGUAAUGUCUGCACCUGUUGUAUUCGGCGCAUGUGACCAAUAAAAUUUGAUUUGAUUUGAUUUGAGGUCUACUGAUUGAACACGACCCUGAUCUACAAAGAACUAAAUGGGCUGUGGUCAAAACCAAACCUAGUAUGAACUGAAUUUAUAGAGCUCUUUUCACCAGGUGGUCCCAGAACUCCUCCAGUAGACAGUUAAUUUGAGUAAUUACUGUGUGUGGAUUUGGAAAAUGGUUACAAGGUAGUUUGAUUAAGGCCGUGGCCACAUUGGGAUUUUGUGUCAAGAGUAUUUCGGAUGGAGCCAAUGCUUUUUCAAUGGGAGUCAUCCGUUGCUGGAUGAAUGACAACGGAAAUGACUGAACGACACAAAAAGGCAAAAACGGUCCGUCUUUUCACGUAUGCAACUCGUCUGAAAAAGAGUUGACAAUGAUGUACGUCAUACACUAUUUCAUCCAUGUUCAUGUGUCUCAGUGUCUGAACCCUAAAAGACCUACUCUGUUUGAGGAAGUCCUGGAGUGAUGGGCCGAUCUCCUGCUCUAUUGUCCCAGAUCUGCCCUCCUGGGGGUCCUCCUGUAACCAUGGAGGGAUGGCUCCUACAACACAGUCAUCAUCACAACCUAUUCACCUAGUUAUCUACUUACACAUAUAGACAACAACAAUAUAGUGACUAAUGGACAUUGAAGUAUCGGUAUCAUUUUCAAUUACCUGUGUGAACGUUUCCACUGUUGGAAGAAUCCUGCCGUCCAAAAGGAAAAAAUAUUAGUAAAGUAUUUUAUUAUUUAUUGACAGGUCACUUACUCAUUAAGAGAAAAUAUAGUUGUCAUGAUUGACGCGCAACGUGUCGGCGUACCUGGUAGCCAAUGAAGGUCAGGCCCUGUCCAGGGCCCACCCACUGCCUGGCCACCAUUCGGUCUACCCGGCCAGACCUGGCGUGCUCAUCAGAUCCAGGGGCCCUGAAGUGAGAGCUACUGCCAAAAUUCAAAUUAACAGCGUCACACCAAUGUAUACACACACCACAGGUGAUACAGAACUCACACAAAGACACAGAGAUUACUUGAAUAACAUUACAUACAGCCCAUUUACAGGUGCAUUCUGUAAGCUUUACAAAUGCAAGGAGACCCUGAUGUCUAUAAUAUAUCUGCCCUGGUCCAAUGUGUACCAACAGCAGCUUCUUCCUGAUUCACUUAAUUUACAUUUUACAGUAUGUAACAAUAUCCAUGCAAAUAAUGUUAAAUGAGUUUACUAAGCCAGUAAGCUAAGUUAGACAUUCAUAUGUUGUAUUCUGCAAAACAUACAGGGGUCUAUUUCAGCCAUUUGGAAAGACCAUUGAGUAGUGGGAUUUACAGGUCAUAGGUUCAAUUUGGGAAUACAUCUGGGUCGUGUUUAUUAGGGACUAAACGGAAGAACACGGGCCAAAUCGCAAAUCGACCACUACACCCUUUUCACUUUUGGAGAUCAGAGGAUUUGACAGGUGUAAGCAAUAUGGAAAUAGCUCCACUUGCUCACUGAUAGGCUAGAUGGAAGUUUAACCAUAUUGCUUAUACUUAUCAAAUCCUGUUAGAUCUCCACAAGUGCAUAGGGUGGGGUUUAGGGGUCGAUUUGGGAUUGGGUAAUCGACAAACAGAUAGGGACUACCUGGACUUGUUCAAUAAGAAACAAUUUUUUGUUCACCGCUUCAAAACAUUCUGCUACGGUGUGCGGUGCCCUACUGAACAACCCCCAGUAUAUCAUUAGGCCUACCGUCCAAUAACAUUAACACCCUCUUAUAGGAGAACACAACAACUUCUUACCUGGAAGCCUCCUCCACUGAGUUGCAAGGGCCCUGUGCGUUCGAUAGCUCCAGCUCUGCCUUAGGCUGAGGUUGAUUCAGGAAAAGCCAACAGUGGUUCAUACACCAGUUGUUUCAUCAUCACACUAUGGGGCCAUGACUCCCACAACAUGAAGUGACUUUUUUCCUCAUAGCUUUCAAUAAUGUGACAAAAUGUGAACUUACAUCAGAACAUCUAUACUGAACAAAAAUAUAAACGCAACAAUUUUACUGAGUUACAGUUCAUAUAAGGAAAUCAGUCAAUUGAAAUAAAUUCAUAAGGCCCUAAUCUAUGGAUUUCACAUGACUGGGAAUACAGAUAUGCAUCUGCUGGUCACAGAUACCUUAUUGCACGCUCCCUCAAAACUUGAGACAUCUGUGGCAUUGUGCAGUUGUCACACAACACAAUUGGCCUUUACUGUCCCCAGCACAAGGUGCACCUGUGUAAUGAUCAUGCUGUUUAAUUAGCUUCUUGAUAUGCCACACCCGUCAGGUGGAUGGAUUAUUUUAGCAAAGGAGAAAUGCUCACUAACAGGGAUGUAAACAAAUUUGUGCAUAACUUUUGAGAGGAAUAAGCUUUUUGUGCGUAUGGAACAUUUCUGGGAUCUUUUAUUUCAGCUCAUGAAACAUGGGACCAACACUUUACAUGUUGAGUUUAUAUUUUUGUUCAAUGUAUGUACAAAACAUGAAUGAAUAUAAAAAGUAGAUUACAUUUUGUCUGUGUCCCAAAUGGCACCCUAUACAUAGUGCUCUACUUUUGACCAGAGCCCUAUGAGCCCUAGUCAAAAGUAGUGCACCAUAUAGGGAAUACAGUGCAAUUUUGAUACCAUCUCACUACAAAUAUCACACAUGAUCAAACUGGGAAGGUCACAGUGAUAUGGAUACUGUUGUUGCAUCCUGGGUAAACAAACCUCUAUGAGAGACUGAAGGACCUCCUGGCGAUUUUGUUCCUGAGCUCGGAUAUGAGUGGCUUGCUAGGGGAUAGACAACACUCACAGUCAGACAUCACCAUGGCUAGAACCAAGUUCUCACAUUCACAGUCUGGACCGGUAUUAAUAAAUGCAUCUCAGAGUCACUAAAAAAGAGUAUUACGUGAUUGCAUUGCAUGUCUUCUAGAGGAAAACGUCAGGGCCCGUAUUCACAAAGCGUCUCAGUCGGAGUGCCUUUCCGGGGUCCGUUUUUACUUUUAAAUCAGAAUGAAUAAGAGGCGAGACCUGAUCCUA